GCCAUUCAGCGGCGGUGACUGAAGCGAUUGGACUGCGAGUGUCUCCUCAACACUUUCUGUGGAAUUUGAAUUAUUUUUGGCACGGCACGGCUCGUCAUACACAGGUGACGGCUCGAAAGGGGCAUCUACCGGGCGGCAGCGGUGUUCACAGGUAUGUUGGAGAGUGUGUAACGGUCUGUUUGAGUCAGCCUGCCCGGUAACGCUCGUUAGCUCCGGAGGCUAAAGCAGCGCUAGCUUGUGUUUUUCGGAUGCGGCACGGCGCGCGUAGCUCCGGCUGUUAGCUCUCCCUGAGACCCGAUUCACGCUCGGCUCAGUCUGCUAACAUGUCAGGGGGACAGAGAAGGCUGAAUGUGAGGCGGGGAGGUUCCUGAACCUUUUCUUUGGGGGUGUUAGAGGAACCGUUUUCACCCACCGAGGGAGCUAACAGGUUAGUUAGCUAGCUGACGGCAGCGGUACUCAACUUACCUGGUCAACUUCACGAGACGGACGUUAGUCAGCAGAACCGAGCCUUACCCAAAAGGAUGGGAAAACGACCUGCUGGUACUGUUUAACCCAGAACUCACACAAAUACAUACAAAUACACUUGUUUAAUACCAGUAUAAAUAAUAUAGAGUGGUGUUAUAAAUGUUUGUUUUACUUGUAAAUGGUUCAUGUACGAAUUUCGGCCUGUUGUAAUGGGUUAAACAGUAGCAGAGUUAGUUUAAAGCUAGUUAAAAAAUACACAAUUAAUACAGUUACUAAACCCUGAAUAAACUAGACUCCACCAUAAGACAUUUAUUUGGUGACCACCUUCAACAGGUAUUAUGUAAGUCAAAUUAAAGCUCCUGUAAGGGUUUUUGUCUGGUUCUGCAAAUGACUUAAAUUCACUGUGACGCCUCUCUGUGACCCUCAAAAACAAUCAAGAUCAUCAGUGACAAUUAAAACGCAGUUUUGAGACGACUGCAGAGGGGGGUUAGGUGUCAGACUCGGCCAGACCUGGGCACAUCCUUGCCCUUUGGAUGUCCCUGCCAGGCCCUUUGUGAGGUCCGUCAAUCACAUCAUCAACAUGCUAGAAAAGUGUGUUGCUUUUAUUUUGAAAACCUGGCUGUUGUUUUAUUUCCAUUUGGACAAAAUGUGUGUACAUCCUAGAUCUGCAUUCGUGAACAGAGACAAGUUUAAACAUCGGCAAAAUAUACAAAGACGCCUUAUAGUUGCCAACUCCGCUUAUUAUAAACAAAUUUAGGCUUGUUUCUCUCAAAAGUUGCUUGUAAACCUUGUGAGCCGUGGGUGCGCUUUAUUGGGCUUGUUUUUAACUUGUAGGUGUUUAUUUGGGCUUGCUUUUCUGUAUGUAUGUGUCUACAACUGCUGCUGGGCGUUUCACGAUCAAGAAGAUGGAGCAUCGUACAGCGUUGUUUUUGUCGUACAUGAUGGACGCGCUACUUUUUCUGCAGAUGAGACGCACACUACUCCUCUUCUCUGGUGUUUUUGUUCUGGGGUUACGGGGGUGUGGCGCACAUGCAUUGUCCGAUCAUACUCUGACUACGCUGGUUACAUGGUAGAGAAAAUCGAAUUCCAAUCGCAUUAUCUGAGUGUCUUAAUCGGAGUUCUCAAACUCCGAUUAUAGUCGAACUAAGGUGUUUACAUGCACUUCAGUUGUCCGGUCUGAAUCGGAAUUAGGCGAUAAUUCAGUUUUCUCGAGUGUCAUGUAAACGUACUGAGUGACAUGACUGACAAUUAGCGCACAGUUUUCAGACGACUGCAGAAGAGGGUAGGCGAUUUAUACGAAGUGAUUUACAGCGCAGGGCAGAAACCAACUUAUUUUACUUUAUCCAAAGCAAAUAUUCACAGUGAGUUGAUUCAGUUUUUAAAGACAGUAUGUUGAGAUCAUUUUUGUUGGAAAUCUUGACAGUAAUAUGAACAGGACAAGAUUAGGCAGGAAGUCAUUAAGUAAGAGGUGGGCUUUGUCCAUAGAAGUUCCUGACAGGAACUUUACAGGAAAGGAUACAGGAAGUUGAGUAGAAGUGCGGUCCUUUUGUUCUUCAGUUUCACUGUGAGGCUGCGGUGAUGCUAUCAUACUUUCCCUAUGCGUUCAAAGGUAUAUUAAGUUAAAACGUUGGAUAUCAAUAAACGUGUGUAGACUUUUGAAUGUUAGGGUUUCCCAGGAUGGGACUAUAGGCUGCUCAAACUCUCACAUUCUUAAUUUAUCUCUUUCCAAAUAUAUGCCUCAGAUUUGCAUAAACAGAAGGCUGUGUUUCAUAAUGAAUCAAUUUGAAUAAAAAAGUCCAGAUUAACUAUAAAGCAAAGUGGAAAAGGCCUCAUCUAUGACAGAGCCAUCAGAAAGAAGAUUUUAGACCUGAGAAUGAGUGAGAAUGGUGGGAGAUAAUGAAGAUGUUCUUGUUGACUUUAUAGACUUCUUCUGAGAGUGGACGUCAACAGAGCUGUUAAAGUGAGCAGGACAUCUUUAAGUGCUGUGACCCUGAACAUGUAAACACUUCUAAAGAAGUCGUGUCAAAUGUUGAUGAAACAGAAUUAGAUGGUUUGCUAAUCAGUGUAUUUUUUUAAAUGAGAAGCAUCUCCUCAUAUCAGAUGUGAUACCAGCUACAUGCUUCACAUUAGUUAAGACAGGGGCAUGUUUACCUUCGUGUUACAUCACCUCUUUUUAUAACCACACUCUGAAAGUGUUUGCAAAUCAAAAUGUCGUCUCAUUCUUCCCUGAUAUAAGAUUUCAGCGGCUCAAUAGUUCAAAGUCUUGAUUGUUUUUCAUGAUUUCAGAGGGUGACAGGUCAGGUUAGUCUUCACCCCUCUGCUCUUGUCAUUUAUGAGGUCUUCCCUGAUAAAAGUGUCACCUGAUGAGCGUUAACAGAGCCUCCUCCACAUCCCAGGUGCUGCAGCUUUUCCCCGUGUUCUUGUCGUCCCUCUCCUUAUGAGAGGAGUCAAGGAGUCCAUGAUUUCUGCAGGAAUGUCAAAUGUUGAUUUGUCCGACUAGAGGACACUUCUCCACUUUGAAUCACUUCACUUAUUGAGCUCAUACUGUGUCGUUUCUUCAAUGUUGUCGAGUCAUGUCUGUUUUCAGUGCGGCGCUGCCUGAGGGUCGAGGAUCACAGACAUUCAGGACUGUUUUUUUUUCAGCCUUGUCCUCUUUGUGCAGAGAUUUCUCUGGAUUCUCUGACUCUAACUGUCGACAUGCAGACUAUUUUACUAUUUUGUGUCAUAUAUAGUGUACAUACUUGUACAUUAUCUCUUUAUUUUUACUCAUUUUAGUUAUUUUAUCUAUUUAUUUUUACAGAUUCCAGUUGCAAUUUCCCCUGGGGGAUUAUGAAAGUAUUUCUGAUUCUGAUUUUGUUAAUAAAACCUCCAAAAUUAUUUCCAUUUUUCACUGAGUAGGACUUGAAUUUGGAGGGAGUUGUACUGUUCGUUCAUGCAGUCUCUCACAGAGCGGUGAACCUCUUCCCAUCUGUACCUCUGUGACGCUCAGCCUCUCUGGCGUGUCUUUUUAUACCCAGUCACGCCGCUCACACGCUGUAAAUUACUCUAAUUAGUCGGGUGACAAUGUUGUUGGCAUUACAAGGCUUUUCAGUGUUUAGUUGUCUCUGCCCCAGCUGUUUGGAGAUCUGUUGCUGGCGUCAAGUUUAAUAGCACAUCUAUAUUUUAUAAAACGAUUGAAUCAUUCAGCUUUAACAAUUGAUAAAUUGUCUUUUGUGCUGUUUUGUUAAGUUCAAGGGUGUCUUAAAUCGAGUUUGUUGAAGAAUCAAAGCUCAGAGGAUGACUCUCGUCUCAUUCUCCAGGUCUGUGAUACACUAAGACGCGGCGCAGAUCGCGGCGUGCGCUCGGAGGUUUGUGUGUAAGCUUUAGUGACUUGGCAAGUUGGUAAAAAGCGUGUGGUUUAUAUCAAGACAGCUGCUCAGACGAUCAGCUCCCCGCCACAUAGCAGGUUGAUUCCCCUGCAGAUAUAAACUGUGACUCACAGUCUUCACAUUUUUCUGAAGUGUGAUAAUGCGCCCUAGAUUACCGUAUAUAUAGAAAUGAGAGCAUCGCUGGACCUUUAGCGAGUAGUAAGAGAGGAGUUUACUCCUUGAAGGAAGCGCAGAUUGAGACGGAGAUUUCCAUCCCUGAUCAGAUAAACAACAACAGCAGCAGCGGCGGCAGCAGCAGCGGUCACAUUACCUUGUUCCUCCACAUGCAGACUUUACAAAGAUAGCUGCAUGACAGAUUGUGUUUGAUAGCAACACAGGAAAACAUCCUGCUCACCGGACACUAACUCUAUUUCGAUGCUUGUGUGAGACAUGACUCUUCUUGACUCAUUACUGUUUUAUUUCUGUGCCGGGGACGAGGAAACGACCAAGAUUAUAUCCCACACUUUUUAUAGGGGUGGGAAUCUUUUACUGUCUCACGAUUGGAUUCAGAUUUUUGGAGCCACGAUUUGAUUGAAAAUGGAUUUUCGAUUCAAAACGAUUUUAUUCAUAAUGAUUUCUGACCUGAUAUCAAGCAUUUAUCUAUGCUUUGAUGGAAUUUUUACAAGCAAUAUCAUAAGAAUACCUCUUUAUUUAAAAAAUAGUUUAUAUAAAAAGUAUAUAUAGUUUAAUAUUAUAUAGUUUAUAUAAAAAAUAGCUUCGUGAAGCUCUGCAGCGUGCGUUGGUCUGCAGCUGGCGACUGAGUCUGCUCCGUGUCUCUCACCUCCGAGUGAUGCCUCGUAAUGUGAGCCCGCACAUUUGUCGUGUUGCCGAAAUGCUUGAUUCUAGUUUUACAGUGUUGGCACACUGCGUGCGUCAUGUCCAGCUCAGUGUGUCCGGGCAUUCGGUUAAAUCCGAAAUAGGCCUGCACGAUAUAUCGUUUGAAUAUCGUCAUCGCGAUGUACGUGUGUGCGAUAGUCACAUCGCAGAGCCUGCGAUAGUCACAUCGCAGGCUGUCGGAGGUGAAUGAACUCAGUUAAUUUCAAGAAUAACUGACUGAGAUACACUGCAUGUGACUCUGCAUGUGCUGUGCAGCGAUCCACCAAUCACCUUAGUUCUUUACUCAGUUGCCAAUCAGACUCAGUUCUCAGUUGCCAAUCAGACUAUCCUGCCAGCUGUCAAUCAAAAUCAGAUAGGAGGAAACCCACCCCUGCACAUGUCCUGCACAUGGAGUGAGACACGUGUCCGCUGAGAAUUACUUUCGGAACAUUCUUCAUCACUGUUUAGCCCAACAAAUAAGAACUGUAUGGGUUUUAAAAUGUAUAUUUCCGUGGACCACUCUACUAUAAGCGGUGCGCGUUUUGUGAGGUGCAUGCAAUUCUCGGAGGACUUGCAUUUCUCAGCACAACACCGCUAACAACAACAACAACGAUCGCAAACUGAGCAACAAACAGAGAAAACCACAAAAGAUUAAGAUUUGUUGCCAAAAAGAAAAGGAAAGUCAGGUAUCUGGAAUUAUUUCGGUAACAAGAUGGAUAAUGUUGACCAAAACACGUGUUCUGUGUUCAUCUGUUUCCACAAUAACGUCCCAGAACAAUAAAAGCUAAAAAUAUCCCCGAGAUAGACAGAAGCCGUUCUACUAACAUUCACAAAAGGAGGUAAGAUCAGUGCAGGUAAACUGUCCUCAAGAUUUCAGCAGUGCAGUAUAACAUUAAGUGCUACUCAGGUCAUCUGGUGAAAAUUCCUCUAUAUUUUAAUAUCGCAAUAUAUAUCGCAGGGUUGAAAAAAAUCGCAAUAUUAUUUUUUGCCAAUAUCGUGCAGCCUUAAUCCGAAACGACGCCAAACUUUAGCUUUUAGUGAAGAUGGGGCCGGCUGGAUCUCCUUUUCCUCCGUCAUUGUAUUUCGCUCUUUGUUUUGGUGCAUUCUGCACAUGCAUGUGUUCCAGAACCGGCUGCGUGAUGACGUCAGGAUGUCCAUCUUUUAAAAUCGAUUUUAGGACAUUUGAAAUAGAUUCUGAAUUGUAGUGAAUUAGAAUCGCGAUUCUUGUGUGAAUCGAUUUUUUUGCACACCCCUAACUUUUUACUUCAAUGUGAAAAAUUUCUGUCCGGAUAGGACACGGAGUAUUUAUCAUCAUAUUUUGUACUUUGGUUUAAUCUUAAGGACUCAGAAUUAGUAGGAGAAAAGUUGUUCAAAUCCUGUUUUAGUUUCUUAUUUAUUGAUCGACUGUACAUCAUCAUAAAUCACCAUAAUGAUACGUUCAUUCACUUGUUUUCUUCUUCAAACAGUCCAAAACCCCAAAACACUCACUUUACUUCCAUAAAUGGGAAAGGAAAGCUUUGAUCCGUGUUUUACGACUUCACUCCAGCUGUUUUUUAGCAUUUUUUUCUGGUUAAAGAAAGUAAAACUGAAAUCAGUCAUCAUUACAGAGUUUAAGGAUGUUUUUUUUUACAGUUGUGAAUGAUUUAUGUCUCUUUGGACGGGAGUUUUAAUGUGUCGUCCAAACAAAAAGAGGAGUGAUGUGAGAGUUUCCUCCCCGUCCAAAUUCUGCGAGUAACUCACGGCUGAGCUCAUCACGCAGAAUGAGGGAGUGCAGGAUUGGCUAUCUGCCUCCAAACCCACUGUGUGAGUCUGUCAGCUGUUUGAGAGAGGAGGAGGAGGAGGAGGAGAAUGUGAGAGUUGGUCUCCUCUUCGUGAUUCACUCUGUGGGAGAAACCAGCUCCACUGUCAGCAGCAACUCGCCCGCUUCUCUAAGGAGAGGCCUUUUUUUCUUGGCUGUGAUUUGCGCACGUGAACGCUGAGUAUUGAUGCAACACGGGGAGAUAAACUCGCCGUGUGAUGACGAUGCAAUCAAAGGGCUUGGCUUGUGUGUUCCCUGAUAGCAGAGAGAUUGUGGAGCCUGUCGAAAGCAGUAGCGAAUGUCAGCGUAGAUAUGACAGGAGAUAUGUCUGCCUCUGUGUUUCCGCUCCCCGGCAUUUGUCUGCGACCACCUCCCCGACUCUCUCACCCGUCACUUCCAUCCUCGUGUUCGGCGGCAGUUUCGAAGCGGUCCAUUGAACAUGCGGGCCGGUGUCGUCAUCUAUAACCCGUGUUUUCUGUCAACAUCAUCGCUCCUGAGAAGUGUGGGCACACCGAGCACAUUUGGAAGUGAUCGAGUGUUUGCUUAUUCAGUCAGAGGAGUGUGGGAGGGUGAGAAUAAGGAUGUGUAAGUUCAGGUGGAAUAUCAGGUUCCUGUUAGAGUUCAGAAACAAUCAGAAAUGUCGUCAUAGCAACAAAUCAAGGGCACGAUUUUUUGUUCGUUCAAAGGUUAGGAUUAAGUGUUGUUGUUGUGACAGUGAAACUCCCCCUCAGAGUCAGUGAAGGGUGGCACUCCUGUGUGUUUUUGGGGCCUAAAUGUCAGUCAGCAUGAUUAAAACUACAGACGAGUCAGUCAGUAAAGUGACAAGUACUGGAGCUGACUUUGUUUUGACACUCUGCUGCGUCAAGAGAUCCAACCCUUUAGAUGUGAUCAAAACAAGGUCCGUUUGAUUUAAUAAUUCCCCGCUCAGAUCUCUCUGUCCGCUGAUCAGAUCGUGAAUUAUGAACGAGAACUUUCCUGCUGCGAUUAUUCAGACAAAACAACCUGUGAAUCUGUAAAAUCUGAAAAUGGACAAGCACCCGUCCAUACACUGCUAGCUUUACUGCACCAUCACAAACAAGCUAUACUGUAGUCCUCACUCAGUAGUAGGAUCCACACACACACACUCACUCACACACACACUCAGCUCCAUGUACUGAGCUGAUUGGGACUGGAUCCAACAGGGACACUCUGAGAAGAUUCAACCAGAGGGGAGCUUUUAGACUCAGGAUCUCAGAUGUGCAGCUGACCCCGUUUCCACAUAAGUAGCCUAAAAUAGGUUUGUGUGUGUGUGUGUGUGUGUGUGUGUGUGUGUCUCCUCCUGAACUUUGUUUGAUGUGUUUGUUUGUUGGUGAGCAGCAGCAGCAGUGUUGUUGUUGUUGUCUUAUCCUCCAGACUCCACUCCACCGCAGAGGGAAAAUCUUCUUGUUGGUUUUGACCUUUUCACAAAAAUCUCGAUCCAUUUCAAAAACAGAUUGUACACAACACCAACCCGAGCAUAAACAACCUGAAGGCUAGAGUGCACCUUUGUCUGGAUACACACACACACAUAAAUACAUAAACACACACAGAGGAGCCAGGAUGGGUGAGGGAGCCUGACAUGUUUGAAUCAGUGCAGUGUUCAGACUCUGUCCAGAAACGGUAUUUUUACUUUUAUUUUAGAAUACAUGAUGUCUAUUCAACUGUAAAGCUUCAGGUUAUGCAAAUUAAUAAACUGUUUUAUAAGGAUAAAGUUAUAAUUUGUAAAAAGAAACAGAAUUUUAAAACAUUUUACAAGAAAAAAAACAGAAAUAACUUGAGAGGAUUCUGCUCAAAUCACUCAUUUUAUAUAUAUACUUUCACACGUUUCAAUACAACUAGAGGUGUCCCGAUAUGAUAUUGAUAUCUGAUAUCUGUCCGAUAUCAGCAAAAAAAUGAAUGUUGGAUGAUAUUGGCCUGCACCUAUCUCCAGCAGCGCCCUGUUCCAGCUAUCUGAGCCCACUUAAUCACAACAACAGUGUGAGGGCUAGAAUAUCGGUAUCAUAUCGGAAGUAAAAAAGUUAUAUCGCUUUAAAAACAAACAUCAUACCUAUUUUUAUACCUGAUCGUUAAAAAAAAACAAAUGAAAGUGAGAGAGCGAGCAGUGGACACAAAGAGAAAUCAGAGUGAGUGAUGGCAAAGCAGUUAAAGCAGCAAACCAGUAAAGUUAUUUUUCUUGAUGGUUUCCCAGCAGUCAGUGAGACUCUGAAGGACUUAUCUCCAGGUCCACACCUCCUCCUUCUCCUCCUCCUCCUCCUCUUCCUCCUCCUCCUCCUCACAGAGGGGACCGGAUCUGAUGUGCCUGCAGCCGAAGUCACGCUACUUCUCCCUGCCUGCUGUUGUUGUCACAGCCACUAUAACGCUGUCGUCCUCAGGUAUAGGUCGGCAAAUAUUGACUUUCUGUUUAGUCCUUUAGUAUCUCCCUGUAAUGAAGGCGCAUGUGUGAGUUUAAAGGCAGAGAGAGCAGAGGUCGGAGACUCUGGAGUCCCUCUUUGACUUCUGUCAGGAGUAAACCUGCAGACUGGAAAAUGAGAGUUUUAUCUUUUUGUUACCGGGGAAUCAAAUAUCAGAUAUAUUUACUUUUACGUAUUCAGAGUUAAAGUUAUGGCAUGUCGACAAACCUGUAGUGAUGUUUAAACAAGAUAACAGCCCAGAGAAUCACUGCGAUAUCAAAGAACAGGAUUAGAUGUGUCUUUUUGAACCUCAGAUGAGACGUUGUGAUCCCCGCCCCUCACUCCCAUCACUUUGUCGCUCUUCUCGACAUUCUUUGUGUUUUUAUCGCACAGUCUCACAAAUCAGAAGUGAGUUUAUGUAUAAGGAUGUUUGUUGGGUUUCUUCAGAGUUUUGCAAACUUCCAAGAAUGUUCUUGAAACUGUUGACCGUCUCCUACACGACAGUUUUUCCUCCAAACGGUGCAGUCUUCCUGUCUGCAGGCUGUUUCUUCAAUGCAUUAUUUUACUUCGUCAGCUCUCAUCUAAAAAAAGAAAGAAAAAAAAAAAACUAGGGUGGGUGUUGCUCAGUGUUGUACUGCUUUGAACUCUGUUGUUUUUUUUGUGUGUCCCCAUUUGGGACAAUGUCUUUCUCUCUUAAUUAGGUCCAGGGGGCAUUGGACUCGUCAUUUUCCUCCCUGCUGGUUCACACUGAGGAUUAGGGCUGGGAGGUUUGGGAGGGGGUCCGUCGCUGUAUGUGAGGAGUUACUUUUCAGGUUUUUAUCUGCAUCACUCUUCCAGGGGAAUGGUAUGGGGCUCAGGGAGUCCUUUUGUCUCUCCGGGCCCCUAUACGGUGAUACCUGAGCCUCUUGGACGGGGACAGCUCAUGCUUUAUUCAGCUCUCUGAUCUCUGGUUUAAUUACAAGUGACCCAGGACAGACUGAUAUCAAGUGAACCUCCCGGGGUGGGAACUUUGUACGGCUACCAGCGCCGGCCAGAGGGGUGUUUGAAACCUCGCAGAGACACGCAUCUAUUUUUAAAGCUAAACAAGAGGAGCAGUGACCGGUGAUUGGGGUUUCAGUCGUUUUGCUCGUCUGAAGAAGAUUUCUCAACAACAUCAUUUCUUUAUAUAUCCUUAUUUUUCCCUUGAGGGUUGUUGGCUUUUAUUAAAGAUGAGAACAGAAAUACUUUUGGGGUAAAAAUAAAACAGAAUCAGAUUUGGAUGUCUGCUCAAUAAAAUCACAAUGUUGAAUCCUCUCUUUGCACUUUUGUGAACAUUUCAGUGUGUGGUUGUUGUUGUAAUAACUCCCUGAGUGACAUGUGUGUGUGUGUGCGUCUGUGUUUAUGUCUAAUGACAGCCUGUCUGCAGUUUGACUGACAGUGAAUACAUUUCCUCUCACACGGUUACUCUGCUGAGCACAGUGUGGAUGUUAGUCUCCCAUGUAGUCCUGUUGGGUCUUUGGUCUGGUUCUGCCCUCUCUUGACCUCACCAUCUCACUGAUGCUGUGGAACCGUCUCCUGGUAACCACCAUAUUGGUUGCUGGAUGAUGGAGUGAUAGGACUAAAAUAACCUGAGUUGUUUGGUUGUGGUUCGCAUGUCGAAAUUUGGAAAAUUCCUGUCUAUGUUGACAUCCACAAAUAAAACAGUCCCAACAAAUUAUGAUUCUGGUAUUUAUCGAGAUAUUUUGCAAACACAGAGUUCUAAUUAUAGCUUCCAGAGGCUGAUUUAACCCGAAUUCAUCUCCGUGUUCGAAGUAGAUAAGGUCAUGUUUACCACGAUGUUACUUAAAGACAGUUUUGAGGAGAAAUCUUGAAUGUAAACUCUACCCCCCCUCCCAACCAGUUUUCCUCUCAGCUCCUCCUCUCCCCUCAAGCCCCGCCCACAAACAGACGCUCCUGCUCGCUCGUAUCGUUCCAAUUAGAUUCAGAUAUAAUGCAGAUCCCCAAGCGUCCCCCAUCGUUUAUGUUGACCCGGCUUUUUUUAGCUCUUGUCCGGUCUACCUCCGUUUUAAGCGCCCGUUAUUCCUCCAGAGUCUCCGGUAUUUACUUCGUUUUCUUGCUUGUGUCGGCAGUCGUGGUCAAAGGAGGAUUCAGACAAUUUUCCGAACUUUCUGGUUGGUUUCUACUGUCCGAUAUUGUAGCACGCUAACUUUGUUUGAAUUCGUGAGCAUUAUUCGUGGAGCGUGGAGGUCGGGGAGGUGGAGAACGGCUUUGUUUACAGCGGGCCGCUUAAAAAUGUUAAAACGUUGACUACACAGACAGAAGAGAACACAGAGAUAUGAUUAUAUUCCCAAAUAUCAUCAAUAACUAAUAGCUAUUGACUGAUAUUAAAAGCAUUUUUGUAUAUACACCACAAAAAAAGAUGCUUCUUUAACAGAUUCCUGCCUACACCACCUUUAACCUCUUCUUUCAACAACUCUGAGGAGCUGAGGAGGUGGUCCUCCUGUUGUUCAAUGAAGGCGUCCAUGAUUUGUUGAGGUGAGAUCCAUCUUAAACCAAAAAGAAAACUUUAUUAAACAGUUAGAGGACUCUUUAACUGUAAAACUCAGAGCAUAGAGACAGUCUCUUCUCUUCUGCUGACUGGAGCUUUUGAGGGGAGCUCCUUCUGGCCCAGAUGGAUCUACUUGGACCGGAGCUGGUUGUUGUGUAAGUGCAGCAGCAUGUCUGAUCCAAAGUCUCUUGCUACUGUGCUUCUGUUGAAUAACUGAACGAUAAGAAGAGUGUGCGCAAUAUUGAGUGAGGAGGAGGAGGAGGAGGAGGAGGCACUUGAGUUUGAUGGUGUCAUUGAGCUGUUGUUGUAUCUCUGGUGUUAUUAUUAUUGUCAUAAUCAUCAGACUGAAGUUGUUUCAGCAGUCUGAGAAGGAUUGUGGGUCACUGGAUUGUUGACAAUAGAGGAAGCAGCAGCAGCCAACACACAGAAGCCUGCCUGAUCGAUAAUGAAUGUUCCCCUAACUCAAGAAAGAAGUCAAUUAUUCAUGAGAGGAAUAUCAUGUUCUCCCUCAAGAAGAGAGGUGAGAUUUUCUCUUCAGAUUUGUUCUCUUCGUCUUCUCACUGAACAGACUGUAUGAAAAAGGUUUUGGACAAAUCUCUUUUCUUCUCAGUCCGGAACCUCAAAUACGUCAGGAGCAGGUACUUCAACUCUUCCUGGGUAUGAAAGGGUUAUUAUCAGUGCAGAUGGGCGGCGAGGAACAUGUUUCCUGUGUGUUGCAUCACCGUGCAGCCAGCGUGUUCGGCACUGCAGUAUUUUGUUUACCACAGAAUUACAAGGACAGGUGUGUGCGCAGCGUGUGUGUUUGCACAUUUGUUGUACGUAUGUCUUGCUGCAGAGAGGGCGUGAAGAAAAAAAACCAGAGACAUCAUGUGCAGUAGUAGUAGCAGGUUCACACGCUCUCCCAUCGCUGCAGCGGUCUGCGGAGAGAGGGAUGUCUGGCUGGUGAGAGUGCCACUGUGCUGAGUCGACAGGCGGGGAACAAUCGCUUCACUGUGCUGCUGUCCGUUUGGCUGCCUUCAUGCAGCAUUUCAACGAGGGGCACCGUCGGCUUUUGGCUCUGGGAGCCUGUUGACCAGGCCUUUGCCUGCUGGUCACUGACCCGUUGUGCCCACGGUGCCUGCAGCUCGUCAGGCCUCUGAGGACUGACGAUUAUCCCACAGUAAUUGGUGCCUGGGCUCCGGCUGAUCAAAGGUACCCGGCUGAUUGUAGAGCCUUGGUAAUUUUCCAUUCUCUGAUGCUCUGAAGUCUUUGCCUGUUUGUUGGUCUGUCUUCCUGCCUGUCUGCCCAGACCCCCGACUACAGCAGCGGAGGGAGAGUCCUGACAUGUGUCUGCUUUAUUAACCUUUAUUAAACCUACUUCUCUCAGGACAGGAGAUGACAGGACAGGUUUGGCCUUUCUCUGACCUUUAAAAAAAUCUUUUUCCUGCUUAGAUUAACUUUACAAAUGUGUAUUUAUGGGCCUGUUUGUUCAAAUCAAUAGAUUAGUCAGGUAAAAGUUCUAACCUUUGACCUGUGGUGUAUUCAGCAGGCAUGUGACUUUAUUGAGCCGGGCAGACACCAGCUUAGUCAUGUGCCGUGCAGGUUUUCUGACUCUCUGAACUCUGGACUUGCUGAUUUUGCUGAUUACUUUCCGUUCUGUGUAAUGCUCGCUGACACCCCCUUGUUUAUUCCUCUGGAGGUGUAAAAGCGGAGGAUUUACAGCAGCCUCACCAAAACGACCCACUGAUAUAUGGGCUCAUUACAGAUGUAUCAGUGUGACAGACAUGUUUCCUGAUGCACAGAUUAGGGAAGUGUUGUUACAUAACAAAUAAUGUAGAAAAUAACGCUCUCGACAGGAACACAUGCAUCGUUUGUUCAGAGUUGAGGAUGCUCUCUACUCUGUCUGCAGAGAAACACAGUUUGGCAGAAGUCAGUGGAUAGUUGUCUACUCCUGUACAUCAAUACCCAACCUGGGGUCCGGGCUCCCCAGGGGGUCUACAACAUGUCCUUGUUGUCUUUAAAGUAAGAGCCUCAGUUUUUCACCUUAUUAUCCAUCCCGGGAGCUCUCAUCCUGGGAUGCCUGAGUGUUGUCUGAGGAGAGAGGGCGCAGUCUGGUGCAGAGGUGAAAACAGCAAGACAAAUCUGGCGAGUGCUCCAGGAGAACAGGAGUAAAUCCAGGUCCACCUUGUUGAUAAUGAUGUUGAGGCUGGUUUGGGCUCUUCAUUCUUCAUUACGUGGCUGGAAGAUGACUGAAGUAUCUCUGUUGAGGCUUUAAAUCUUUGUAACACUCGUGUCAAAAACCAUAUGUGAAAGUUUUUAUUAACUUUAGCUAAAAAUGGGUUCAACUUGCUAAUGAAGUCCUACGGUCUAAAGAGGGUAUCCUAAAAACCCCACAGUGGUCAGGUCUGGUUCAUGAACACACUGACUGUAUCGAGCAUGAUUGAACAACACUGCUGUAAAAGCACAGUUCUCCUGGAGUCCUACACAAAUCUUUGAUGGCCUUCCUGAGUUUCAUCUAAAAGCCUGAUUGCUCGGCUCCUUGGCCGUGUGAAUGGACACGAUGAAAUCACCUCUUCUGUUCAGAUUCCUGCCCAGAGCCACUUUGGACUCUUUUACAACUGAGCUGUCCAGAAAAAGAAGGCGUCUCACCGUGAAUCAUUCCUGGCUCUGAAAGAAAAGGGCACUGUUGAAUAUGCUGCCUGCUCCGCUGCCUACAUAAACUCGAGUGUCUCUGACGUGAGAUUGAGAGUAUUUUUGUCAUGAUAUAAUCUCAGUUCAAAGUCCAGCUCCUCACAGGUUCAGGUUCUGGCCGGGCUGGUUUCACUCUUUCCUUACCCCUCUGAAAUCUCCGACGAGGACUGACGUGUUCCCUGCUUCAGAGCCAGUCCUGUGUUCACUAAUCGAAUUAAACCACCCAGCUAACACAAUUCCACCCAUUAGGACUUAAGCCAUUGCUUGGCAACAUAACAUGGUCCCAGCAGAUAAAGUUGUCACACAUUAUCACACACACACACGGGACCUAUAAAUUUAAAGGGGAUGUGGACCGCCUCAUCGUCACUUUGUGUUUCCCUCCUGCCCUCAGCUGCACCGUAAAUCUGCUGGGUAAAUAUCCAGGUAGCAGCAGCAGCAGUUUGGUUUAAUCUGUUGCGUAACUUGAGUUCUACAGUCAUCCUUCUCUUGACAAAUCGCCCGACCAGGAAACAAAGAGGGGAGUUCAGGUACGUGGAAAGAAUUCCUGAAACGAGAGAGCAGCUCCGCAGCUGCACUCAAUAAUACUACAGCAGCUCCUCUUACACUCACGCUCACAAGACCUGUUUGGUCGGCCGGGUCCUGACGUCAACACGAGACGCCGUGCAUCAUGUGGACUCUUGUUACUCUUUUGAGUCAGUUUUCUUUUUUUUCUUUUGAAGGUGAAACAAAAAAGGAAGUCACGACGUUUCUUCACAUCCGAACACCUGCCAGAUAGACUUUUUAACCAAAGUUUCACAACCUUCUCCCAUGAAUAAAAUAAUCACACUCGGAGUAGCUUUCAUGGUCACAGUUGAUGCGACUUUAACUGGAAACCUGUUGAGAUUAUUUCCUCCUGUGUUUCUGUAGCUGCAGCCGCUCAUGACCACGGUUAACCUCUAAGCUUGUCGUGGUUUUCCUUUCCUGUGGUUAUCGAGUUUGUAACUUGAGUCGAGUUAACAACACUCUGAGCUCGCAGACCACUUAGAUUCCCUUCUUCUCUUUUACUUCAAACUUUCAUCAUUUACCGACCUGUUUAUGGGUCAGUGACGUGACGCCUAAAUAUUCUGUCUGGCUGUAUAUUUUUUUUAAGUUAAAAAAGGUUUAAAUGCACAAAAAUAUACUUUCUAUUUGUAGUAUCUCUCUCAUAUAUGUAGUCACUUCAACUUUUCAAAAAUCAGGUCUUAUUUGUGAUUUUUCUAAACUACAAAAUGUAAAAAUAUGUGUUGCGACCAGUAAUAACAUGAAUUGUAUCAAAUACAAACUCAAAUAUCUAAUUUCUGUAACUGAAACAUUAAUACCUGACACAGUACGCUUAAGUGAAAGGUAGUUUUAAUACAUUUUUAUCAGUUUUAUGCAAUUUAAAGAAAAAAUUAGUCAGUUAACUACAUUUAAUUUAGUGACAGUGACAUUAUAGAGCAAAAAUGUGAGAUCAUUAUUUACAAAAACUCAAAUGAAAUGCAAACACUUUGUUUCUAUCGACUUGAUAUUAUGUGUAAUAAUUUUGAGAUAAAUUAUGGUCGCACCACAUGACAUUUUUUAAGGCCAUACGCAAUUCAUCUGUAUGAAAAAAACACUAAAAUUGCAUGAUUUAAAAAUUUAACAUUAAUUUUUGUAUGCAUAACAUCCUCCGUGUUUGAACUUUUGCAAAAUAUAGUCUUAUUUUGGCAUGUUUAAAAACCUUAUAUGUCAUUGACCCUUAUACUGAUCGUGUGACGUGACUACUGUAGUCGACUUCAGAGCCGAGUCUGAACUUUGAUGAUUUUAAAGAAGGAGUAAAAAUAACAUUCAGUCCCCUCCCUCUUCUCCCCAGACUUAUGCUACCCUGUUUUUGACAAAGUACCUGAAGUUUUCUAAAUCCUGUUAAAUCACAGCACCUGCUGCUGGAUCAGGGAUGCUGUCUUCUUCUUCUUCUUCUUCUUUGGUCUUAAACAGCUUUAGAGUCGGCUUCAGCUUCAGUUGGGGAUGCUCGUGUUUUGCAGCUCAAAUCAUGAAGCAAACUAUUAAAUUCAGACUCUGGGAAACACGAUUGAUUCUGUCUCUGCAACAGUAGCAUGCUGGAGAAGUCAGAGCUUGUUUAGGAUGAAUCCUCUCAGCCUGACGGAUGAGUUCGGAGGAGAGAAAACCAUCCGUGUGUCUGUGUGCGUGUGCGUGUUUGUUUUUCAGUGUAUCUUGGCUUGCUCAGCGCAGUGAUUCAGUGUCCGUUCACUCAGCAGGAAGUUCCUGUUCAACUCCAUCCUCUCAUCACGCCUGCUGAUGGACAAACACAGCUACUGACACACAAACACACACACACAUAUACGCACAAUAAUAGGCCUCUGUGCAGCCAUUCACCGAUAUUGUUGUCGGGAUGAAAAGCCGUAUUAUUGACAACAUUGACUUGAGUUGGAACCAUGGAGAGGCUCCUCGGUGUGAUAUUGAUUCUUCCACAAAUGUUUUUCCAUGUAAUCCAUUUUAUUUCCCUCUCUUCUUCAUCCCCUUUUUCGCUCUUUUCAGCAACUUUGUCUCUGUUAUUUGUUCACUCUUCCUCUUUUAAAUCCUCCUCCGAUUUAUUCUCUCUCUCUCUCUCUCCGCCUCACUCAGCGUUCGUAUCUAAGCGACUAACAUGUUCUCCUGAGUGUAUGAGCUGCUUCACAUGGUGUCAAAAGUGUGUGUGAAUGUCAGAAGUCAGCGGUGCAGUGAACGAAGCCCCAGCAGAGUACACUUUACCCCGCAGCCAUGUCUAGAUGAUGAUUGGAGGCGCAGUGAGGAGUGACGGGCCUUCAUCACUCACUGAACACACACAUGCUGACACCAGUCCUCUCUGCAGGGCUUCCCUCGCCUCUCACACACUCAGUCUGCUCACAAACAACACAGAAACUCAGGAUCGAGAUCAUUUUAUGUGUCAGGGUAAUAAUCAUUUUAUUUAAGUUUAUAGUUUUUAAGGCUUUUACAAGAAGCCAGGAAAGGUUUGUCUUGACAUGUAGAAAUGUCCUCUGCUUCACUGGAGGUUAGCAGCCUUCCCUGAACUGCAGUAAUACUCAUGUUUGCUUCACCGCAGAGUUGUGCGUCAGUCCUGUCCUGAGUGUUGAGCCUCACUGCCGGUUGGAUUGACGAUAUAUUCUACUGGAAUUAUUUUUGGGUUGGUUCUGGAUGAAGUGAGCCACUACCGCGUAUUGUGAUAUUUUGUCUGGGGAUUUAUCGUAUCGUCUCAUUUACUAAGUAUCGAUUUUUUUUCAAAUUAAUGGCUAAUAUGAAGUCAAAUCUAUAAUAAUGGAAAAAUAAAAUCAAAUGUUUGUCCAGUGAGGUUGGCAGGGGUGCAACAUAGAGCAGGAGAAAGUUAGUACAACAAAGAUACAUAUACAUAUAAGGUAUGCAAGAUGUGCUUCAAAUAAAAAACAGCGUAAAUAAGACAAACAUAAAGGAAAGACAAAUGCUAAAUUAGCUAAACAGAUAAAAAGAAUGUAUAAAUCGCAAUAUAUUGUAUCGCAAUACUCAUUGUUUUGCAAAAUGUUAGAAAUCGCAAUAAUAUCGCAUCACAGCCCAAGUAUCGUGAUAAUAUCGUAUCGCGGGGCAACAGGUGGUUCCCACCCUAGUUCUUGUGUUGGUACUGGUUCUGUUUCCUAACCCAGUAGACUGUCGCAGCCAGAGUGUGGGGUCACUUCUUGUGCAGAAAAGACUUUUAGUUCUUUAUGAUGAAAAAAAAUUAGCAUCCAUAACAAUAACCAGACAAUAUAAGUCUGUAAAUAUCAGAAAUAUUCCAGUAUUAUUUGGCUCGUCUUCACUAUCCUUAUUUUUGUUCCACUUUUUAUCCUCUCCUGUCUAGACGACUCUUUUUUUCCUUCAGUGACUUUUCUUCCUGGGUGUGUCCUGAUCUCUGUCGGCUGUAAACCUGCAGAUCGACAUGCUCUUCGUGUUUAUUUUCUGCUGUGUGACACACUGACAGAUUCAUGUAUUCAUGUUGUAAAGGUCUAAAGUCCAGCAGGAUUAUUUCUAUUGAUUUUCACAUGUAAGAAUAUACAUACUUUUCUUUUUUCUGCUCCCUCUGUUUGCAGAUCAGCAUAAAAGCUCUGACUCAUUUGCAUCAUAUGUAGAUCCACUAACCUCCUGCUCCUGUAAUCUCUGUUUACCAAGAAGUUGGAUAGUGUUUAUCAUGAAAAGCAGAAGCAGCCAGCCUUUUUAGUCAUCGCUAUCAGCUGCCAGGAUGGUCACCACUUGGAAGCACAAAGCAAAGGCUCUGCAAACCACAAAGACAGCCCAGUUUGACUCUCUCUUUAAGCAUUAGUAUAGGAUAAAAAAUAAAAAACUCUGUGUAGUUCAAUUCCUCCUGGAUCGGUUCUGGAUCUCGUUAUGGGAGCGAGUUAAUUGGCUCAGAUCACUGCAUCACUUCUUAUUCUUAGUAGUUUUCCGUCUUUGAUGCAGAAAUUUACUCCCUGCGCUUUUUAAAAUUCGCAAUCACGUAAUGUGUUUAAUCAAUAAACGUCGCCAUUAAGCGAGCGUUUGCCCGAGGCGGGUACACGGCGGUGAGUCAGUGCCCUGUAAUCACAGCGUCUUUAAAGAAGCAAAGUCAUCAAAGUCAAUCUCCUCUGAGUCGCCUUAGCUGAAGCGGAGGGGAGGAGGGUGGGCGAACUGGGACCUAUGGUUUCUCAUCAUUAGUUAAACAGUAGUGGGACAUUUGACUGACAGGUAUUACUCAUCUUUGAGCAGCUUGUUGUCAGAACUACCUCUGAGUUUCAGAAAAAGGGGGCUCUGAUUUUCUUGAUCGAAGGUUUCGUUCAGAUCCUUUAUUAGAUCUUCUCUCACAGUUGCCGCUCUCUCAUGUCGGUGAUCACAUUAUUCCCCAUGAACCAUACUGUCAGGAGCAGAGAGCUGGUAGCAGGCCGUGUAUGUCAGCAGUGAUGACUGUGCGUCAGAAAGCCAGCAGCUAUAGCUGUAGUCACAUGCUCUGAUGUGGUUAAAUGAGAAUUGACGUAGCUGCUGGGGCAGAGGAAGAGCCGAGUGUUAACUCUGAGAUCUCCGCCUGCUGAUAGCCGGGGCUCAAAGCUACAACUGUGCAUGAAAUGUGCCACAGAUCAGCUGAAACAUAUCGCACCGCUGCUGAUAACAUCUCCGCUUUAUCGUGUUUUUCUCCUCUGAAUCAGCUGCUCUGCAGGAAGGACGCCGAUAUCUGUCUGGUUAGGUUCAGUUUGGUUUGGCACAGCACACGAGUGUUUGUGUUUCCGCUGACAGAAGUAGGGAAAGGAACCAAAAAAUACGAUCUAUACCAGCCUACCUUUUUGUCUGGGCACCAUCAAAUGCACCUUUCCUUAAGAGAUGGAGUCAGAGAGGGAGAGGGAGCGAUCACACUGCGUUAUAUCCCUCAUUAUAUUUUCUGCAACCUAAUGUUAUUUCAUGAAGAACAGAGCUUACCUGCAGCCAACAUGAUUCAUGACACUAAAGGUUCACCACAGGCUUAAAUAAAGAUCAGUGCAAACCACCUCUUUAACCAGAAAUGAUCCUCAGCAGUGUCAGAGUAAAACCAGAGAAAAACCAACAGACCGGACUGUAACUUUGAAACUUCUGAAAGUCAAAUAUCCUCGUGCUUGUGGCGUAAACACAGCUGAUAAAGAGCCGCCGCUGCCCUCAGAGGAUCACUUUUCUGUUUAUACUCAGAUCCAUGUGCGGCACGCAAGAAAAAAAUACAGACAAGCCUUCGGUUAGACUUGAAGAACAGCGGGGUGACCAAGACGGAGCAGCUCAGGGGAGCGAAUUUUAAAGUUUUCUGGUUAGAUUACUUCUACUUUUAGUCAUUUAGGCUGAGAUUUACACUGUCGGUGGAUCCAGACUCCUCCUGGGUAAGACUUCAGGUCUCAGGGCUGCAGGGAUUAGCAGCAUCUCUGUUACUCUGUGAUGACGUGUUUACGCUCAUAGUCUGAAAUCCAAGAGGAGUAAAAGGAGUGGAGGACUGUGGUUGUGACCCGGGGUCAACUCCAGACAGUUGCUGGUAGUUUAACUGUUUGUUGUUGAAAUACCAUUAUUAUGAAACAGGAAAUGUCAAAGUCUGAGCAGCAGGAACUUGAUCCAACCGCGAUGGUAGAAUAAAAAAAAAAAAAAGAUGUUUUAAAUACAUAGAAAGGUGAAAGUCGGGAAAGAAUGCGCCCCAGUUUAGACUCUCAUACCUGUCAGAGUGUUGGAUAUGAUUUAAGACACUCCCAGCAGUACGUGGUUAAAAUUCAGGACUCCUCUACACCAGGACAGUCUGCAUGUUUGACAUUUUCAGCCGUGGUUUGUUGACAUAAGGGACUUCAGCCUAAGUUUUCAGGUUGUCACAGUCUCCACCUACUUGCUAAUCCAUGUGCGUCCUCAGUCCACAAAACCGGACCGCUUUCAGACUCUGUUUUCUGUUCUAGAUUAGACCUUAUAGGCGCUGCCCGGGGGUCUUAACUCCAGUCUUUGAUCGGGGUUUGUCCUCUGAGACUCUGCUUUCUUUUUUUUCCGAUAAGAGCCGAGUGAAUAGAUGACGUAUUAACAGCUCUUUACUGCGGCCUGGUGAAUCUGUAACGUUGUCCAUCUCAGGUCAGUGCAGUUCAUGGUUGCCCAGUGUGUAGUAUUUUGACCUGAUUUCUCCACCGUGCUGCGACACUUGACUUUUAAUCUGCAGUAAUCACAACAACAGAAGAACAUGUGUUAUUAUUUUUAGAAAAUCAAAGUGAAGAAAAAAGAAAAACACAGAAGCAGCAGAAGUGGAGCCCUGAAGAGACGCUGCACUCGCCUCUCUCUCUCUCUUUAGGGUAUUGUGUUUUUGAGAGUGUGUUGUGUUUACACUUGUGGGUUUAAGUGUGUUUCUGCUUCUGCCUGUGUGUGUCCGUGUGCUUGUGUGUGUAUAACGCAGUGAUGUAAUAAGGAAAAAGUCAACAUGUUUUCCAUGAGUAGCUUUUCUGCUCCGAGGUUUACUCCAAGUCUCCCAGCAGAGGUCACUUCUGGUGGAGUCAGACGGGGACAGUGUGGUGGGCUUCAGUCUGAGUGAGGAGGUCCAGGUUUUGAGACACUGACCGUGACGUCUGGUUCAAGUUUCAGGUCAGAGGGGUGACAAACUACUAACAGUGCAGUGAUUUAACAGUUACCGUAUUGUCAUGAAUAUGAGACAGAGUUUUUCAUUGGAUUACAUCUUAAAAAAGAAAGGGGAGAGGGUUGUUUUUAAAUAUGAAAGACGGGGAGAAAUAGUGACUGGAGCAAAGUAGAUAAUGAACAGACAUCUGAGGAAGAGUCAUGGUGCCUUUAUCAAGUAGAGGAGCGAUGCAGCAGACAUGACACACAGUAGAAAUACGGCUCCACGGACUCUAAUACCUGAAGAUGACGAGCUCAUAGAGACCGUCAAAAUACCUCGGGAAGAUGCUGUCAUUUACGACAUAAUCAACACUAAACUCGGAACAGUACGACACAGAUAUUUACUGAAAAAUCCACUCGCUUUGUGAGACCGGCAGCUUUGGAAAACAGGUGUACUUUAUGGUGUCAUUUAUGGUGUUACGCUGCGUUCAUGUUACCCAGGGUUCCCGGGAUUUUAGUUACCAAGUCGGGAAAAAGCAAAAUCGGAGGCAGAAACAAGAUGGCUACAUCUAUGAAAGUUAUUUUAGCGCUUGCCUUGUCAGAACAUAAGGUAAGUGCUAAAAUAACUUUCGUAGAUGGAGCCAUCUUGUUUCAGGCCUCUGCUUUUGCUUUUUUUCUGACUUGGUAACUGAAACGCUGGGAACUCGGGUGUGACAUCAUUAUAGUUCCGACAUCUGACUUCUGAGGUAACUUGAACGCAGCACAACACCAUAAAUGACAAUAUUUCACUAAAAUUAUUAAUAAUUCAUCGCAGAUCUAAAAGUAAACCCAUUUUCCAAAGCUGCCGGUCUCACAAAGCGAGUGGAUUUUUCGGUAAAUAUCUGACUUUCGAGGUAACUCGAACGCAGCAUUCGCUGAAGACUGACUUCUGUUUUUAGUCUGUCGUACAAUCAGAGGUUGUAUUUGUGAUCAGCUGAUGUUUAAAGGGUCAGUGGGAAGCCAGAGCGGCCUGAGACAGAGCUCCCAGCCUGCUCACAGCAGCACAGAGGUCUGAAGAUAGAGCUGUUUCAAACCGAAUCAUCCUUCACAGCUGAGUGUACUCUGAGGAGCUCGAUGAAGUUUUUACACCCCCUCACGUAAAAAAAGAAAGUCUUGUUUGUCUAAAUAAAAAGAAAGUAAACUGAUUAAAUAAACAGAGUAUUUGACCCAGAUUAUCUUGUAUUGUGGAGAGUUUAAUGAUCCGUCUUUAACCCUCUUUAACAGCCUUACAGACUCAUCUAGACUCUAAAUAACAGGUCUGGACGUUUUCAUCAUUUUCUGACAUCUAAGACAAAAAACAGCCGAACAGAGAAAAACUGGUUUGCUGCAGCUCUGCAACAAAUAGCCACUUUGUCAGCCGGUGUUCAAUUUCACGAGCACUUUAUGAAGAAAUCUUCUCUGCUUCUCUGCCCCAAAGAGGCUCCAGGAUUGAUGGAGUUGGAGCACUCAGGCCGCUCCAUCUACCCCCUCCCUCCACCUAGGCCCUGCUCUGAGCCUGCAGCCUCCUCUCUAGUGUUUACAGCUCUCUCUCUCCUGACUCCAAACUUCACUCUAUUAAGCAUCGUGUUGCCUUCAGCAAGUUUUUAAAAAAACAAUCACACAAAUGCAGUUUCGGGGCGAGCGCAAGACACAUAUUUCUUCAGGAUGCCUGGUGGUGGAAACCGGGCCAGAUUCAGCGGAUCGAUCCGGUCUGUGAAUCAGAGCCGGGACUCGCCUGAGAGGAGAAGAUACAGCGACAGUGAUUUGCCACUCCCUGGUGCCAGGGCACUGCCCCGCUCCUCGUUUAUAUGUGGCCUCAGCUGUUGCCCAAAGUGAUGUGUGGCUCUCCCUGCUGAACGGCCCAUUGGCUCUCUGACUCUCUGAUGGGAUGGGCCCCCUUAAUACCACACACACACACACACACACACACACGCACUGGGCUGCAGGGAAAAGCAACUCAAUAUCCCCAGAGCAGCAGCAGCAGCAGCAGCCUGGACCCUAUUUUCCUUCUCUGUCUCAACCCUAACCCCGGCAGCAGUCAUGUGUGCUCAGGAAGCGGAGGUCACCGUGUCUCGCUGGGGGCAGGGAACAGAUUGAAGGACUCUGAAAUGAUUCAGCGGCAGCAGACAGGGAGUGAGUGAGCCGUGCAAACAGUAGCCAGCGCUUCUAUUCGCACAUUUCCUUCCUCUGCUGAGUUACCACCCAUUCAUACCGAGUCCUCCUGGUUCCCUCUGGACCCGUGAAACAUGGUGAACCCCUUCGAUCCUGAGUUUUUCGACAGAAAGACACUGACUCACUUCCCCGCUGAGUUAUUUUUGUGUUUUUGAUAUUUCUGGCUUGUGCUCGAGUUAGGUGUGUUUCAUAAGUUUGGCUGAUGUUUGGACAUGGAUAGUACUUGGUAAGCAAAGUGAUCCUGAUCACUGAUAACCACUGUGGGGACAUGGAUGGUGAAAUUAUUUAAAUUCAGUUUAAUAAAAUCACGUUUACUCAGUUAGGCGGGUGCAUAUAUGAAAAAAAAAACACCUAACCCUUAAAAAAUUCUAACAAAAGGUUUCUCAACUGUUUUUUUACAGUGUUAAAUGUCCUUAAUAACACACUAAAAGUUUACCAAAGUUUGACCACUACAAAGGCGUCUUUUUCAAGAUGGCGUCCAUGAUGGGUAGGAAGCACAGGUGGACAACCCCAGGUAAAUAGGGUAAAAUUUUUAACCAACAGAUAUCAUUAUGAAACUUCCCAAAGUUAUAACUUACAUUAAGACAAAUAUUUCUUGUAUUACAAGUUUUGUCAACUGUUAUGUUUGAAUAUGUAAAUGAGGUAAUAUCUAAUUAAAUCUGCACUAAUUUACAUACAUUUCCAGAAACGAAAACUGAACAAUAGACAAAUCCCCUUUUAAAAUUCUUGUUUUAUUUUGUUGACAUACUAGAGUUAGAAGAGGAGGAGGAGGGGACUUUGAAAUAGGGCCCGACCGAUAUGGAAUUUUUGGGGCCGAUGCCGAUACUGAUUAUUAGGGGGGAAAAAAUCCAUUUACGGAUUAAUCAGCCGAUUUAUUCAAAGUUUUAUUAAGUUAUAAAAAUAUAUAUAUACUGUAGAUAUACUGUAGGCUACUGCUUUUCACGCCGACAGGGAGACCGACUGAUCAAACCCGGACCAGAAAAGCGUUUUCCAUGAGAAAAUGAGAAAAUACGCUCACCACCCUUAAAAAUUCAAAUGUCACUAUGCAGCGCUCCCUGUUGGGCAUGAGUUGUACUUGUAAUUACUUUUCUAUCAUAAAAAUAUGCUAAUUAGAAUAUUUAAUGGUCAACACGUGUAUCAGGCGCCUGUAUUCCUGGUCUAGAAGGUAUACAAAGGAGUCAUUUUAAGGACCUGGAAAGUUCAUGGCGACAUUUGAAUUUUUAGGGGUGGUGACAAUAUUUUCUCGUUUUGUUUUUGGGGGGUAAGUCAUAUUUGCACCUGACUAAGUGGGCUUCACCAAACAUCGCUCUCUUGACAAAAGUAAAUCUUUAUUUUAGUUUUGUUUUUUGAAGUUGUGUUCCCUGUGGAGAUCCUCUGAACAGAAGCUCCUCCUGCUGGAUAAUUCAGCUCUCAUUAGCAGCACUGGUAGCUGGUAUUUAGUGAUAAUUCAGCGUAUUCAGUGACAGAAUGAACUCUAUUUAGGUCAAACUGCCGACUGUGUUACAGUCAUUAUGUCUGUGCUGAUGCAUGUGACCCAGAAUGUCACAUUCAGGAGGUUAGCAUUAACGAUUAGCAUUAAUGAAGGGAAUCAGCUGGACGCCCAUCUCACACCGUGUUCCUGAGCGUUUCCUGUCAAUAUCAGACGCUCACUCGCUGACUCAGUCACAGCCUCCAGCAGGAACGCUAACUCAUCAUCAGCUGUGAUUUGUUUUUGUUUUUCUGCUGUAGUCGUUGAUGGUUAUGCUUGUUGUUUAGGGGGCGGGGCUACAAACCCCACAGCUGACCUCUAAUUCACCUGCGAGAUGCAGCAGGUUGAUCAGAGUUUUGGAAUAAGAUCAGAUGAACCAGCCUUACUUGUUUAUUUAGACGACCUCUGACCCCUCUUGUUGUGCGUUUCUUGUGAUGCACAGCCCGCUCUCAUCCUCACCUCCUCCUUGUUUUUCCUUCUCCCUCUCUCCACUCCUCUUUUUACAUAAGCGGCCCGAGCUACAAACCGGGGCCCGGAAAAUUGGAUUACCACGGUUACAGCAUUUUUCAAAUUCCCUCUUCAUUUGUCCGUUUGCGAGCGGAGCAGACUGGAGCGCUAUCACCUCCAGUCGGCCGGCUCCUCUGAUAACAGCGCCCAGCAGAUACGCCAGGCGGCCAGGCGUGCUUCGCAUCACGGAUGGCCGGACGGCGAAUUCGGCUGCCCUGUCGUCUUGUUUCUCUCCGUACUCUAAACUCAGAUAAGAAGGAGUUGUGUGAACAGAGCGGUACAAAACGGCAUGAAGAAGAGGAACGCCUGGCACUGCGGUGGGGCGAGUCAUGAAAGGAGACAGUCGGACAGUGGAGCCUCUUUGUCUUGAGCUUCGGCCCAUUCUCUCUCUCUCUCUCUCUCUCUCUCUCUCUCUCUCUCUCUCUCUCUCUCUCUCUCUCUCUCUCUCUCUCUCUCUCUCUCUCUCUCUCUCUCUCUCUCUCUCUCUCUUCCUCCUCUGUCUCCUGCUCUCACGCUCACCCACUCCCCUGGCCUCUCCCUCCCUCUCUCUGUAUCUCUUCUUUGAAACCAAACCGCUGUACUCAUCCCCAGGAUCCUUCUGCAAGGAUUAAUCAGUUUUCCAUUCCUGGAGAGAUUAUUCAAAUACUGUUACAUCUACAGCCAGCAGCAGAAAACUCCCUCUGUGUUUUUUUUUUUUUUUUCCCAGGCAGCAGCAGCUCAGCUCUGACCGAAGGAAAGACCCUCUUAUUGUCCCCCUUUUCUCUUUAUCUCUAUAACCCUGCCGGCUAUCUCAUGACCCGCGUAGUUUACCUCUUUUUUUCUGUUAUUUGUUGGAUGAUUGGGGAGCGCUGUCGGCUGUAAAACAAAUUGCCCCUCAGGGUUGAUAAAGAUAUCCUUGAUCCCUGAACUCUCAGGGUCGUCUUCCUGUGUGUUUUUUUGGAGCUCGUCACUGUUUACGCUGUUUCUAUGUUUAGUCUUUUUGAAAGCCCCGAGCUCCUUUCUCUCAUUCACUGUUGUUCCCGUGUACUGCUCCACAGAGAGUAUAAAUGGACCUUGUCUAAUUGUCCUCAUUAGUGCUUGUAGGAGAACAGCCAGAGAUCCUUGCUGCUGUAAACCAGAGGAGCUGUGACAGCUCCAGCAGGGUUCAGAUCCUGCUGUCCUGAACCAGAGCCCUCACCUCUCUGCUGCUCCUCGCUCUUAUUUAACUCUCACUUUACAAAGUCUUGUUGAAAUCCUUAAAAGCGCGGAUGAUUUCAGACCAGCUGUGCUCCUUUCAGGCUCACAAACAUGAAAUUAAACUCAUAGAAAAAUGACGUUUGAUUCUUCAGACUGGAGUGUUUGAAUGUAACUCACACAGCUGAAGUUCAGGGUGCGACAUAGCCGUCUGAGUUACCCGCCAAAUGGAAAACCUACCUGCAGUUGGCGUGUGGCGGCCGGGUGUUCAUUUCAGACCCGCUAAAGAUAGACUGAUGGAGUUGAGUGUCCUGGUUUGAAGCCUGAUCUCACUUUUGAUCAAAUUCAGGAAUUCACAUGAUUCACACAGAGAGAGAGAGAAACCUCAUUCCUCGUAUCCAUGUACACAUGAUGAUACAUCUUUGGUUUUCGAUCGUCUUAAAGGGAUAUUCCGGAGUAAAAUUGAUUUAGGGUCAAACACACCGUAACACCGAGUUAGACACCUGCUCCAGAGGUGAAUGUUGCUGACCGCUCACUUCUCUAGUUAUACCAACUUUAGUAACGACCGCACGAUAGCAAUACACAGCGGUCUGAGGAGCCAUAAAUGAACCGCAACCAAAACGCCACAAAUAAUGCUCAGAACAGCAUAACUAGAGAAGCAAUCAGAUUAGAAUUAAAUCUGUUAAAAUCAAUGUUAAAUCAAUUAGAUCUGUAGCAGCUAGGUUGACUCAGGAGUUCAGGUAGGCUGGAUCAGAGUGACUCCUGUUUUGAGGUUUGUCCAUAUUGUGGUUCCUGGUACCUUUCAAUACGACCUGAUUUACCCUGUACUUGUUGUUUGGAACUUGUUCUUUCUCCCAGUUCUAUGAAAUUCUUUCAUCACUCUCUUUGAGGCUGCCAUGUUUGUUCUGCUCACACCUGUGCAGGUAUCCUUCAGAGAAAACCAGGGUGAGGCUGAAACAUGUUUUCUUUAAAAUCCGUCAAAACAACAAAAUCUCCGUUUAGACUCUGUGUGUUUCGUUCUUCUCUGGUUGGUAAAAUCGUGCUCCUCUCUCUCUUUGUGGCUUUUGCUUUUUCAUUGUCGAUGAACUAACUGCUACAUUUAGAGGUCACUCCGUUUAUAUUUAGCUGUAUUUGUCUGCUGCUUCACUUGAAAGGAUUAGACCAGUGUCGUUCUCGCUGCUGUUUCCAAAGAUGAUCAAACUCUGUGAAGGAUUUGCCAGAAUCGGAGGCUGAAGCGUCUCUCUGUUCUUGUCCAGGUUUGUUCGGCGUCUCUGCGUCGUUCCCUCUGUCUUCACUCUUCUGUCCUUUCAGCCUCUCCUCUUCCCUCUCGUUCACCUUUCGCUGUCCUUACUUCCUGUCAAAUCUUUGCCUCUCUCUGUUCCUCACUCUCCUCUUUGGCACAAAGCCGAGCUCAGGAAGACUGAACCCACCUCACAUGACCACCACCCGUCCGAAAACCUGCUGUGGUAGUCUGCAGCGGGCGGACGGACGGACGCAGCCAGACUUUCCCCCUCACUGCUCACUCUGCCUGGCCUCCGUCCCGUUCACUCACUCGCUCGCUCACUCGCUCUCCCUCCUGCCAAUACUACGCUCACUGAAUGGAGUUACCUAAUGCUGCUGCUGCUGCGGCUAAGGUAGAUUUCAUGCACAAUCUCCAUGUUUGACAUGGGAUAAUGCACAUGUGUGUGUGUGUGUUUGACCUACAGGUCUACUUCUAAAGGUUAAUCCUCCUCGGUUCUUACUGUUUACACAGAGCAGGAGCGAACACGACAAGAGGAGGAACAAAGGAUUGAACUCCAUCAGACUGGUGAUUGAAGGACUUCGCUGCGAGAGUUGAAUCAGUACUUGAUUACAUUAUUGUAACUCCUAACAAGUAUUUAAUAAGUCCCAUAAAACCAGAUCCAGAUCAGAGCAUCAACAGGCUCAGCAGCACGUCAUGUCUGGAUGAUCUCUGGUGUUUGAAAUCACUCUGACACUUUGUCUUCAGUCGGUCAACAUAAAAGAAGGAGGUUUACAGCCUUUAAACGUCUGAUAUUUUUGCUCUUUGGAGGAGGAAACAGUCAUGGAUCUUGUAUUAUUCAUCUUAGGUGUGUAAUAUUCUUAAAUUUGGCUCAUUUGUAAAAACAAAUCCAGCGAUUUUACGCUCUCUCUCUCUUUCUCUUUCUCCCACACGAGCUUAACUUACAUUCCUGCCCUCUCCUUAUUUGACACACUGAGGCACACAGGAGGGAAGGUGUGUGGGCUGUAAGGUGGAAAAGGCAAACGUGUGAAGUGAUUUAGAGGUGAGGUGAGUAAAGGUGUAGAAACUGAGGAAAACACCGAUCUAUUACCCAUCUGACUGUCUGUCCUCAGACGGACCAGCAGGUCGACUCCUUCUAAAGUGAGAUGAUCUCUUUGCUGAAUAAACCGCCGCCAUUCUUCGCCUCUUGUGUCUGAGCUGGCGGCUGCUUCACCUUGAUGAGUAUUUGGUGUGAUAUUUUCACAGCUUUGUUCACGAGUGAUUUAUUUUAAGCCCACAGAGGUGAGGAGAGGCUGAUAUGAGAAACCAUCAAGUUAGUCAGAAGUUCUCUGCAAGUUUGACUCUGUAAUUUACAGAACUGCCCUUUUAUUUGAUCAUCUGUAUCAUGAUCGUUUGCUCUUAAAUCUUGCUAGAGAAAAGUGGAAUAUGUACGCACUUGGUUUGCAGAAAAGAGGAAGACAGCGGUGUGUAAAGAGUGUCCUUCAAUUAGAGAGUGAGUUUCGGGAUGUUUGUAAAAGUUUGUUUCCAGUUUUCUGACAGUUUUUAACUCUGUGCAUUGACUAAUCGAAACGAGAAGAAGACUGAGUAGAGAGGGAGUCUGAAACGUCCCUCCAUCUGGUCGUUAUUGUUGAAAAUAUGUGGUCGUCAAGCUGGUAAACUGGUUCAUCACCAGUAUGAAAACACAGCUGUCUGUGAUUCUGCUGUGGCUGUUUGAUAGAGGCGCCUCGUUGCUGUUGUUGUCACCGGAUCGUAAACAAGUUCUACUUCUUGAAGUUGUUGUUAUAGGCAGAGCAGUUUUUUCAUCUGAAGAGGAUCUGUUUCUCGUUGUUGUCUCGUGUCUGGUGACAAUAUGACACUGGUGUAUGUGAGGUGGUGAUGGCAUUUGCCGUGGAAACAAAUGUUUGGAAUUGUUGCAGCGAAGACGGGGGGGGAGAGCCGACAAAUGAGUUCUCCUCCUGCUCCUCCUCUUCACUCUGCAGGCUGGCAGCAUGCAGCCUGUCACUGGCACUGCAGUGAGCCCAAACAUGAUAUGACCUAAAUAAACGGGUGUGUGUGAGAGAGAGAGAGAGAGAGGGAUGAAGCAAUUUUUUCCUCCUCUCUCUCACUUGGUUGUCUUGUUACCCGUCCGCAGGCUACAACUUGUGCAUGUGUCGUCCGAAUGAUCGACAAACUCCGGGUUUGAGGUCAGGCUCGCUGCUCUACCAUCAUCAUGUCACCUGCAGAGGUGUUUGACUCGCUCUGAAACAAGUUCUCUGACACGUCUGAAGAGCAGCAGUUGUUUUACACUUCAUUAGAUGGUCUCACACGGCUCACCUCGUGGAUUCCUAUUCUUGCACAGACGAUGACUCAGGACUUCAAACUUCUAUUAGGCAAUGGAAAAGAGAGCUGAUGGUUGCGCCACUAAAGCCGUUUUUAUUGUGAUCUGAUUCUUUAUUAAUCACUAACGAAGAACUCAGAUUAGCUUGUGUUCGUAUAAAAAGUCAAAAAAGUAGGCCUGCACAUAUUUUUAGUAUUUACGAGGAACUAUUUUAUCUCUCAGCAAAGUGUGGAGGCAGAGUCAGAUAAAGGCGUGCAUGUGACUCUGUGAGGAUAACAUCCUAACCUCAAAGAUAUUUACUGUCUGCUGAUAGAUUUAUGAACAGUUUCUUGCAUGAAUUGAGUCUUAAAUACGGAGCUCUCCUGGAAUUGGAGCUCAUGUUUCAGAUAAUCGAUGAUUUAUUCCCUCUUAGCUGACAUGACCUUAAAAAUAUCACUGUUAACCUUUCCCAGGUAAAGAUCAGAAUCUGUUCUCAGUUUUCCUCUGAGAAAAGGUGUUUUUUUGUGGUGGUGGGGUGGGGGGUUGAUUGCUGCAGAAAUCCUGAUUUUGACUCUUGUGUUUGAUCUACGCCUCAGAAUCAGAGCCCAAUUCUUUACUCUGAUACCCUGCACCACCUCCUCCUUGGUCCGCUGCGUAACAUUGCCUCUCCUGCAUUUACAACAUUGUCACUAAUGCUGCACAUCCCCUCUCCUCCGACGUGUUCCUCCCUUUCUUCUUCGUGCCAUGGCAACACAACCCCGGGAAUACAGUCCUCCAGGGCCUCCAGGUGUUUGCUAACGGUGCCAUAAGAAUGAAGGAUGAUCAGCAGGUGGCUGUCCAGAUAAUGACAAAACAGGCAGAGCGUACAGAUCCGAGCUUCUCUGCACCAGCCACCUGUGAUCGGCUCAGGGAUUUGGACAACAAAGUCCCGCUCUCGAAAAUAUUAUGAGGUCUUUAAUUUGAUGUCAGAGUCUCAGUAAAGAGAGAGAGAGAGCAGUAUGUGGAGGGCGAUCAGUCUUGAUGAUCAUAUUUUUAUGAUCAUAGGGAUCCAUAUGCAAAAUUGAAAUUCAAUCCCUUAAACAUGUAUGGUUUAAGAGCAAGGUAGGGCUGAACGAUUAAUCGAUUUUAAAUCGUAAUCGGAUUAUUUGAUUAUGACGAUGUUAAAAAAAUAAAAAUCGUCAAAUCUCUAUCAUGUUUCACGCCUCCAGGCCACUGUAGGCUCCUCCCCCUUCCAACGGGAGCGCUCCCCAGUUCCCACACACACCAGUGUAAACAAACAUGGUGUUUGAAAAGAAGGCGAUAAUUUCGUGGCUAAAUAGGACAAGAGCGAGUCAGUCGUGUGGAAUUGGUACGAGUGAAGAGUAAACCACUCCCCGCUGUGAAGUCUGUCUGAAGGCGGUAUCAACCUGUCCACGAAUUCAGGAGUAAACGUCAGCUUGGCAUAUACACUACAUUGUUUUCGUUUUGAGAGAAGAAAAAAAUAUAUAUUACAGUGACGUUUGGUGAAGUUGUCACCAAAAAUCAAAAUUGAGUUUUCAGCGAAAAAAAAAUCAGGAUUUUAUUUUUUGCCAAGAUCCAGGACCGGCUCUUUGCAUAGGCGAUAUAGGUGGACGCCGUUGGCCUCGAGGAAAUAAAUAAAUAAAUAAAUAAAUAAAUAAAUAAAAACAGUAAAAAUAAAAAGUUGAAAUGAAAGACAUGCUGGAAAGUUGUGAUUGUGCCCUAGGUGUGGUUCUCGCCUUGGGCACUAACUUAGAAAGAGCCGGCCCUGCCAAGAUCAUGCAGCUUUGACACGAGGUAACUCAAGAAAAAGGGGAAUUUAGAGCCCUACAGUACAAUCAAUCAGGACAGUGUUGCAGCUACAUGUACAAUCACUGCAGUUUAAUCAGCUGAUGCUCAUCCUUCAUCAGCUCUGACUCUUAUAUUAGCUCAAAUCAGCUACAGGGGUUUAUUGUCCACAAACAAGUUAAAAACAACCGUAGAGAUCGCUCCACCAACUCUCAUAUAGGCCGAGUUCUGCAUUUCAGGUUGCUCACAUUAAGCUGAUUUUCUCUGCUUCAUAGUUUUCAUUCCUCCCCUUAAAUAGCUGAGUGUGUUUUUUACUGUCACCUCUAUUAUUGCUGAACGGCCUCGAUCCCGCUUCAGUGAUAUAAACCCAAAGACAGUCCCAGUUCUCCACACAGCCAGGUAACGCUGAGUGAAAAGAGGUGGUUCAGUUUAUUGUCAAUUGUAAAGUUUAUGUCCAUGGCAACAUGAAAUGCAUCUGGACUAAUAUAUUCCAUCAGCAGCAGCAGCAGCAGCAGUCUGCCUCGUGGUUUUCCACAGGCGUCUGUCAGGAAAAUGUGCUGACGUCCUUAAAAGCUAUCGAUUAGCUUGGAUCUGACUGUUUAGGAGGGGGUCUUGACUGGAACCGGUUUUGACAGCCAGAUUUGCCCUGCAGAACAUGUGGAAACUGAGAGGCAGGGAUUCAAUCACUACAAAGACCGAGUUCUGCUUCGACUUGUCAGCUGGCCUCGUUACCGUUCAGCGGCGGAGCAACAAGCUGCCAUAUGGACGGAGCGUUUCUUCCUUUUUCCAAGACAACAUGAAGACUAAGACGAUAGUUUGAUCUUUGUUUAUUUGUUUUAGCUCAAUCAGACAGAAAUACGUCUCAUAUGUCUCAUGAGUGAUCUCUGAUUCCAGGUCCUCGUCUUUACUGGCAGGAAAAGUUUGAUGUGUUCACGAUUGAAAGCUUCUUUUUGUGCCGCCGCUGCCCACACAGAGCUUUGGAGCCUGUCGUGGACAGAUAAGAGAGCCUCACCUCAAAGACUCUUUCAAGCCCCACCAGAACCAGCUCACAGGACCGGUUUCACUGAGCAAACAGACAGCAGCUCAGUCCUGAGAGUCGCUUUAAGGGGGUGAAGAAUAUGAGCAAAUGCUGCUGCUUGUUGCUGUUAGUGUGUGUGUGUGUAUCUAUGUGUGUGUGUGUGUGUGUGUGUUGGCGGACAGUCAGACCUCCUGGAUUAAAGACCUUUAAUCUGGUCGAUCCUCAUCAGCUCAGAAGUUAAUGAGUAUAACUUGAUAGUCAAGGAGUCCACUCCGCUCACGUGUCUUAAGUUAGCGCUGCAUGGCUGGAUGACUUCUGGUCCCGGGUUAUGAGUUGCCAUGGGAGACGUGGGCCAGGCUCUGGAUGAUGGAUGCACCUCUCAGCUCGAGUUUGGAUCAGCAACUUUUAAUUGGGUCUCUGCUUUCUUGUGCCCCCUAAUCUCCUCCCAAAGCCAAGAGGACACGCCUGCUCCGUUUAAAGUCGUGCUUUUAGUCUAAUUAAUCGGGCUGUUUUCGGGUUUGCAGAGGAUUUCUGAGUUUAAGACUCUACGUUUAAGUCCCAACUCUAAGCCAAGAUUCAACCUCAAGAAAACCGAGCUUCAUUGUAACCUAAAGCUCAGUCAUGAUAACAAUGAUGUUUGCAAAGACAUCCUUAAUCCAACAACAACAAAAACAAAGACGGGGACACCCUCUUCCUAUCUUUACUUCUUGGAUACUUAAUACUUCAGUCAUGUUACCUUCAUAGCUAGAGUGUUAAUUGACCUGAUGUAGUCCUUAAAAUCUGAAUAGAAACAAGGGCUGGGUGAUAUGGCCUCAAAUCAAUAUCACGAUAUAUAAUGAUAAAUAAACGAUAACUACUCCACAAGCUGCUCACCCCCUCCCACAUUAACUUCGUCUACUUCAGCCGCUACAUUUUUUGAACCGUCCUCCAUCUCCUCACCUGUCUUUCCCUCUUUGUUACGGACUGGAUGGGGUGGAGUCAUGUCUCUGACGUAGGACAGCGUCUUAAAGGGACAUGAGACCAAAGCCUACCUACACACAUCCAAAACCAACUCUUAUUUAUUCAUUUUUUUGAACACUGAAUAUACUGAUAUGAGCAAAAUGGCGGCAGUUAUUGUUGUAAAUUUUGGUGUCAGUAAAUUUGGUUUAUCGCCCAGCCCUAGUAGAAACUGCCUUAGUGCUUUGUGACUGGUAAUAACUGCUAACAGACAGACGUUGUGUAGCUUGGCCUCACUUUUUGUUACAGUUACACUUUUUUGAACGUUUUGUGACUCUUUUUUUACUCACUAGUAUUAGUCUUAUAUUCAGGCUCUGGGUGGGAGCAGCAGACCCCCCUCAGUGUCCUCUAGGGGUGGGAGAAAAAAUCGAUUUACAUAAGUAUUGUGAUUUUUUUGUAUUACAAUUUUUAAAAAUUUUAAGAAUAAAUCUUAAAAUCUGACUCAAAUAUGAUGUGCAUAUUGGGGGGGAUAUGAUUCCUGGAAUAGUCAGUAGGCAAUCUUAAUCAUUCAACGGUUUCACUGGUGUUAGAAAUGCAGGCUUAAAAUCGAGAAAAUCGACAGUAUUGUAGAAUCGCAAUUUAAAUCGAAUCGGCAUCCAAAAAAUCGUAGAAGAAACGAACCAGGAGAAGAACAUAUCGUCCCAGCUCUCAGUGUCCUCUGUUCCCUCUCUCUCCCAGACUCCAGCUCAUCAGUUCCUCCUCAUGACUCAUUCAGACGACAGCUUACGUUAGAGCGUUGUUUACUCGAGUCGGUUUUAUAAUCUCUACUGUCCACAAUCACUCAGUAUAAGGAAGAAAGAGUUAAUCUUCUGAUUUGGUUCUGCACAGUCACCUGUCCUCCCUCUGUUAUUGUCACACACAGGAAGUUGAUUCAUCAUCAGUGUUGUGACAUACCCUGCUGCAUUGACUGAAUGUGAAUUGGCACAUUUCCGUACCUGUUUUUAUUUUAUUAGCGUCGGCGCCUUUAGCUGUUACCUCUCGUGGCACCUGUCCAACUUCCACUCAGCGCUGCACCUUCUCAUUUUGCCGGUUUUGAUCCUCGGAUUAAUAAAAUGUCUCUCCUCUCUCACAGGGAGCUCAGCGAUGAAUAAGCUACGGCAGAGCUUCCGCCGCAAGAAAGACGUCUACGUGCCGGAGUCGAGUCGGCCGCACCAGUGGCAGACAGACGAGGAGGCGGUGCGCAGCGGCAAAUGUAGCUUUGCAGUCAAGGUGACUCUCUCACACACACACAAACACACCUGCGCACAAUUCCUCCACACAGCCUCUCUUACACAAACAGUGCGGCGCUGACCUGAGCGUGGCACACACCGAGAAACUUCCUCCCUGCCCGGCUCCCCAAGGACGCUGCUUGUGAUUAAUCAUAAGCAUUCAGAGACUGUAAGCACAGCUUUUAUCUAGGUUGCAACAUUAUCUGCCGGUGCUUUCCAAAGCUGUGGGAUGAAUGUGCACUAUUGAUUUGAAACCUCGAGUUAAAAAUGCAGAAUUGGAGAAAAAGUUUCAUUAGAGCUGAUGAAAACAGAGCAGAGUCUGCAUCUUUCUGUGUUCCUCAGAGCGGUGAAGUGGACGUGCUGUGCCGUCGCUGACGGAGUGGAGAGGUCUCAGUAUUUUGGCAACAAAGGCUUCGACUUUUGCAAACAGAAGUGCAACGGUACGCUUCCUCUCAUCGCACUGGACUAAAGAGGAAUUGAAAAACCUCAGAGUGGAGAAAGAGAAAGUUUUUCCUGAGAAUAUGAGAACUGGAUUGCCGCUCAGAGCAUGUGAAUUGCUUCGAAACCAAGGUUGUGGUUUUGUGCCACCAGUGCGUUUGCUUCGCCCUGUUUCCUCUCAGACCAACAGUAGAGAAGUGUUGGCAAUUUGAAGGAAGGUGGAUGAGGGCAUAAUAUUUCCACUUUUCCAUCAGAGGAAAGUUUUCCUGCUUAGUUUUCAAAGCUAGACUUGUAGGUGUUCACCAGAAAACUUUUUAUUUUCAAACUGUAGAUGAGGAUUUUAUUUUAAGCUUUUUAAACGGAUAUGAGCUGUUGGGGUUCAGCCAAAGCCGGCGCAUGGAGGGAGGAUGUCCAGCUUUUGAUAAGAUGAUGGUAAUGCUGUGUGAAUAUACAAGGAAGACAUGCUAAUAGUUCAAAGGUGACACAGCUGUUAGUAAAAAGGUGACCACAAACUGGCGGGUGGAUGUUAACGGAGUAGAGUUUAAACUGACGAUAAGGCAGUCCACGCCGAACACACGCCACACGUUAUGUUGUCUUGGGUAGCAGAAGUUUAGGAGGUAGUGUGGUCGUCCAUUAACUAGAAGAAUGGCUGUAGGGCUGGGCGAUGAACCGAAAAUUUACCGAUCCCAUAAAUUUACGACAAUAACCAACAUUAUUUUGUUGGUUAUUCCAUUUACCACACAGGAGAAAACCAGCACAACAGAACAGGCCGCAAAAUAAUCACAAUCAUGGCAGAUCACAAUUGUCAUUGACACUGAAAUUAGAUUAAUCGUCCAGCCCUAUUUCCUGGUGCGGAAAAUGUGGAUAUCUGCUGGAGCUGGAUAAAAAACAGAACCACCAGGAACAAGAGCUGUCUUCUACUUUACUUUUUUUUUUUUAGUUAUUUUUUUUGCAAACAAAACCCUCUUGUUUGUUUAUAAUUCUACAGUACAUAUUUGUGACUCCUCUAAAAACUUGUUUUUGAGGUCCAAGCCUUGAUUUUUUUUCGGGCAGCAGCUCAGUUUUGGUUCCUUUAGUGAUCUGCCAACAGGUGGACCUCUCCAUUGUUACAGGAUCUCGUUCUCCUCCAGAGAUUUUCUGUGAAACUGGUCAACUAUCAAGAGCCUGAAGUGAAGCACAGAUCUGCACAACACACACACACACACACACACACACACACACACACACUUCACUUCCACCGGCAUUUUUUCCCCUCUGCACUGGCUUUCAUCAUGUCGGUGCAACCUACCAUGCUGCUCCUCAGUGUCCCUCCUCCCCCUGCUGCUCCCGGUCUCCUGCUCUAGGUGCCUCAGAGGAGCCGGGUCGUGUUUAGAUCUCUGAUUGAUGCAACACAAACUUGGGACAGUCCACUCAGGGUGUGUUGAGAUAUUGAGACGGUUUGCUGUCUGUUUUCUUCAGCCCGUAUCAUUCUGCACUUUUCUAUUUGCUGCUCGUUCACUUUAAGCCGGAGCUGCAGUGACAGUUAUUCAUAACUCAAGGUGACUGUCAAAUGUAUAAGAAUGUAGACGUGCUCUUUAGUAUGGAAAUGUCUGGAAGCUGGAGCUGAAUGUAGAAUUAGAUUACAGAGAGUCUGUGCUGCUUCUAAAAACGAGAUGUCAGAGUAUUUGUACGACCUUUGUCCUCUUUAAACCCAACAGUCUUAUUUGUAUGGAAAUAAAUGUGCACAGAUUUGAGGACAGACUUUCCUUUCUGGUGAGGAUGAUGACAACAUUUUUCACUGGAAUUGAUCUGUGACCCUGAAAACACCUGGAGAACAUCCAAAGGGUUUAAGAGAAUAAAUCCAGGAACAGAAAAACUGAUUCUGUUUAAAUUAAAAAUAUUCAGGGCCAGAAAUACUCUGACAAAUACUGAUUCGAACAGCAAGGUUCAAAAUGAGCAUUUUUUACCUGGAAAGUUCAGUGACCAACAUUUAAAAAGUUGGCAAGACCAUCACAAAUUAAGGCAAACCCACCGAUGAAUUGAGCUUUAUGUAGGGCUGGGCGAUAUGUCCUCAAAUCAAUAUCACAAUAUAUUGAUCAGUUCACCUCAAUAAUGAUAAAUGGACGAUAACUACUCCACAAGCUGCUCACCCCCUCCCACAUUCACUUCGUCUACUUCAGCCGCUACAACUUUCUCUCCGUCCUCCAUCUCCUCACCUGUCUUUCCCUCUCUGUUACGGACUGGAUGGGGUGGAGUCACGUCUCUGAUGUAGGACAGCGUCUUAAAGAGACAUGAGACCAUAGCCUACCUACACACAUCCAAAAACAACUUCGAUUUUCUUUCAUUUUUUCACACCAAAUAUACAGAUGUGGGCAAAAUGACGUCAGUUGUCUUAAAUUUCGGUAUCAGUAAAUUAUCGGUUUAUCGCCCAGCCCUAGCCUCAGUACAACUACAGUCGUUGAUUUUUUGUGCAGGACAGCAUCUAGACAAAUAAAACUCGAACAACCAAAGCUUCAAACCUGAUCCUGAAUCCUCUUUUUCUCUGUUGUACUGGCGUUUAUUUAUUUUUAUUUUUCCAUUUUUUUCACUGUCUCUGUCUUCAGUCAAGUUCUCACACCUAAAUUCACGAUGAACCCGUUACCUUCGACCUGAACCUGAACCAUCAUAAGUCUUUUAGCCGCCUGCCUCAGUCCGCUACAGUUCCUGGCCUUCAAAAGAAGUCCCUCAGCGUCUUCUUCAUCCUCAUCCUCUCUCCUCUGAGUCUUUGAUGUUUUCCUGUUACAUGACAGUAAUAGAAAAACUUCAACUCUUGGUUUGAGGGUCAGGUCAUGUCAGUUUCUGUGCACUGCUGCAGUAUGUCAGUAUAUUUUGAAAGAGCUGUUUGUUGAGCCUCCUGAGCCCUUUGCACUGAUAUAUCAGUCUAAAAGCAGGUCUUCAAAAAGCUCCUCUUUUCUCCAAGCCUUAAAAGAGUCCUCAUACCACUAAAUGAUCUUAAACUGGUAUCAUAGUAGUUCAGAGUGUCUUCAUGGGUCAGGCUCUUCUGUGUUUGUGAACAGCCGCCCUGAAAACGAGCUAAAUGAAGAGCUGCAGAGCCACAGGUGCCGGCUGACUCUUAUGUAAUGUUUAGUCAGAGCUUGGCGAGCCGUUUCUCUGUAUCCAGAUUAAAUUGUACGACAAAGCCAACCUGCUCCUGCUGCCUAACAAACACAUGAGCGCCACUAUCACUGUCCUCAGCAGACCUCCCAAGAGGUGAACUAUGUCUUUCUAACGCAAACCGCCGCAGCGCCGCUCUUGGCUGUGGUCUUGACCUCUGCUCGACUGCAUUCAGAUGUUUUUUGAGUGAGUUUCAGAGCUUCCCAGAGUUUCGCUCGGUGUUGAUUUCACGUUACCUCUAAUGGCCCUGCUGCUGCAGCUGGAAAAUCCGCCCCAGGGGCAGGAAAUGUAAAUACAACAUGUUGUUUUUAUGUCUUUCAAUCAUCAAACGCAAACAGUGCAGAGGCAGCAGCAUUGCACUGAUUGAAGCAUCAUCAUCAUCAUCAUCAUCAUCGUAUACACACUGUUAUAACUGCAUCUAAUCCGAGCCCACUGUAGGAUUAGAGCUAAUCCUUGAGUGGGCAUGAACAAAAACAGAUUGGAGAAUAAAAUUAGCCUACAUAUGUACAACAACACUCUGCUCCAGAGACGUUUCUUCCUCUUUCUGUUUUUGGAGCUGAUCUUUUAAGUAGCGUGGAGCUCCAGAGUCAGAGGUUUAAUGAAGUAUCUGUAGUGACACUUUAACGCUCCCCUGCAAUUUACUCCUCACACCUCGGCUCCUCUCAGGGCUCUUUAUCGUCCUCAAACCCACAGCUGCCUCUGUGCAUCAGUGUCGUCCUUACAUUAUUGUGUAGAUCCUCAUGCAUGCUUUUGUGCAGAUGUGUAUAAUUCUAAUAUGAUGACAGUGUGACUCACAGCCGUGGCGUCACACUCUGUAAAUAGCAGGGCCAGAGGGCGGGGUGGACAGGCGUGGGUUAGCGUCACUCUGUGUCUGUGUAUCUAUAAGGAAAGGGUAAGGACUUCCUCUCUGGGCCUGAGCGCACAAUAGCUUCUGGGGCGGUCAGGGUUGUGACUCUGGGGCGGCACACAGCAGGGUGUGAUGCUGCUGCUGCAGGAGGAGGAGGAGGAGGGAGGUUAGAGCUGAAGGAGGAGGAGGUGGAGGAGGAGGCCUUUUCCGUUCAUUCAGCCACAGUUGUACCCACUCAAGGAGGACUUCCAGGUCAUCUCAUGGUUUGUCAAAGCACAGGGGUCCUUUAGAGGAAACGCCAGAUCCUGAUGUCCCCUUAUAGGAGUCUGAACUCUAAUCUCUGUCAUCCAGUACCCCCUCAUCCUCACAGCUGAACUUCUUAUUAUCGAAGUUCGAAGUGUCUUUUUAGGAUUGCAUAAUAAUCACAGACUCUCCAACUUUGCCUGUUUGAAUGAUCAGACUAGGGCUGGGCAAUAAACCGGAAAUUUACCGAUACCGAAAUUUACGACAAUAACCGUUCAGAGUGAGCGCUUUUUUAACCCAUAUGAGCUGUUGGGGUUCAGCCAAAGCCGGCACAUGGAGGGAGGGUGUCCAGCUUUUGAUAAGAUGAUGGUGGUAAUUCUUUGUGAAUAUACAAAGAGGACAUGCUAACAGGUCAAAGGUGACACAGCUGCCCGAUAACAUCCUCCCGUCAGAAGUAGACAACGUUAAUGUGUGAGGGGGUGAGCAGCUUGUGGAGUAGUUAUCAUCCAUUUAUCAUCAUCGAGGUGAACUGAUCAAUAUAUCAUGAUAUUGAUUUGAGGCCAUAUCACCCAGCCCUAUAUCAGACUCAAAAUCAGGCCAGGAUCAAACCCUUUGAGCCUUUUUUUAAUCGUCUAUUGAUCACGCUUGUUUUUUUUGCCCCAUCCCUGUCCUCCAAGAAUCCCUCCCUCUCUCCCUCCCUCUCAGUUUGACCCGCUCGCUCAUUUCCAUUACUCCUGAAAGUGUUUAGUUUCCUCCAAAGACUGAAUUAGGGAUCGAGCGGGGAGCUGUAGAACUGUGAUUGACCUGAAAACGGUAAUUAAUGAGGUGUAUAUAAAUCACAAGCAUCACCACCCUUCCAGGGACGAUCAGACAGUCUGGGCUCAUUUGAAUUAUACCCAGUCAGUCUCCCUCCCUCCAGAGUUGAUAAUUGUAAUCUCACCUAAACGUCAGCGGAGAUCGCCGAAGGAAAGCCUCGUCAAAGCAUUACUAACUCUCUCUCUCUCUCUCUCUCUCUCUCUCUCUCUCUCUCUCUCUCCCCUGCAGUACCUGGGCCAUGUGGAGGUGGAGGAGUCCCGAGGCAUGCACAUCUGCGAGGAUGCAGUGAAGCGGCUGAAGACGGUAUGUUUCCCUAGAAAACCCCUUCAGUCCUUCUAGGAACGAGGCUGCCAAAUACCAGACACAGUCCGACUUCCUCUCUCUCUGUUUCUGGUCCUUCCCCUGAUAGUUUCCCUCACUCUGCUUCUAACAUCCCACUGACUCUUUUUUCUUUUUUUCACAUUUCCUUCAUUUUGCCCUCCUUCAUAAGUCACCGAGGAGUUGUUCUUGUUUUAGAGUUAUGACUUCCUGUCUAGAUCAUGAAGGCCAGGGCGUUGCUGUUUGACGGGAGGGUCUCCUCCCAUCAUGACCCUUUGACAACCUGCAGGGGUGUCAGGGUUGUCAAAGGGUCUCUCUCUCUCUCUCUCUCUCUCUCUCGUCGUGCUCUGUCUCAGCCGGAGGAGACAGACCGGCAUGUACUUCCUGCUGCAGCAGAUUCCGGCGGAGUUGCGCAAAAGGAACAAAUUCCACUUUAGAGGAGCAGAGGAGGGGGGAAGCUGUGGAGCGGUGGCUCUUCAUGGCUGCCAGUUGUUCCCAAGGCCCCACCCAGGUCAUAAACUCCCGUAGGUUCACGAGUCUGCAGUCAGAGCCAAACCUGAGUUGGCAGGUUUUACUUCUGGAUUGUUGGAGUCUCGGAGCAGACGUUUUGUGUCGGAGAGUUCCAAUUCUUCCUUCUGUUGUGAUAUAAAUUUACGUAAAUGUCCUUUAUUCAUUUUACAGAGCCGUCUAAAACAACCACAACUGAGCACAAUCAGCAGAUAGUAAAACAGCUCUGAUUUAUAACAGUGUAGUAAAACAAGCUGUACUUUUGAGUAAGAGAAUACACACACACACACACACUCCUGUAAUAAAUGCAGGAGUUUACUCGGGGCCUGACACUAACUUUUGUCACAAGGAGAACAUCUGCUCCUAAGUUGAAAAAGUAAGGAGCACACAAAGAACUUUAGGUGCACAAUGAAAAUUGAUCACAUAAUGUGUGUCUUAUUGGUCAACAUAAGUACUAUUAUUUAAGAUCCAUUUUAGGUCUUUUGGUCACAUGACAUGGAAGCUAUUGAAGGAAAUGUUCAAAAUUUGCCUUUAAAUUUAACAAAAAAAAUGUUUAGAGGACAAAUUAGGGAAAUAAAGAGGUGGGUCUUAUUGUCCGACCUUAGUACUUUUAUUUGAAAUCAAUUUUAGGUCAAUUGGUCACAUGACAGUGAAGCUAUUGAAGGAAAACAGCCUUUUUAAAGAACAUAAAGCGGUAAUUUAUUGACGGUCCCUUAUUUAUCACCCGACGUUGACAGCGAGGAUGCCGAGUAGAUUUAAUCACGCUGCUGUUGUUAUUCCCGGUUACAGAGAGUGAGAAGACACCGGUAGAUCCUCAGAGAAUGUCUGUUGAAUAUCCAACCUAAAACUAACUUCACUGCAAUAUUUACAUGAAAAAAUAUCGCAGUGAAAUCGGCAAAAAAAAUUUAUGCGCACAUGUGCCCCUAAAUACAUUUUACAAUUCACACACAUCUAUUUUUUUAGUUGCAAAUGCGAGUGAAACGGUCGCACUGUUGAGCCCUGGGUUUACUUCUUCUCUCAGUCAGUCUGAAGACGACAUGUUUGUGUUGUUUUCUCUCUUUCUUAAAAGUGCAUAUUCUGAGGAGGAGAUGGUGAAUAUGUGUCGCUACACCUCUAUGUCUGCCUGGACUCUGCGUCUAUAAUAGGAACCCAGGCACUAAAGGACAUCCUGUGUUAUCUCACAUUUUAACAGUGAUGAUUAUAUUAACAAAAAUUAUUACAAUAAAUAUUCAUCGACUCGAGGCGAUGAAGCUGAAGAAGGUUUCUAAAAAUAAAAACUCAGAUAAACACAGGUUUUAUUUUCAUUUAGGAGAUAAUUUAACACUAAAAAUCUGUAUUCUCUCCACUGUGCACCUAAAAUAUAAGCUAUACACUCCUGUAACAUACUGCUGCUGCGUGACGAUAAAGAUGGAAGCAGCUCUCAUGGCGGCGUCUCUUCAUUAUUUGACGUUUUCGACUGAAUCUAAAACAGCAGCCGAAUAAACACUCUGAACCUAAGAGGCAGAAAAGCACAAGUAUGCAGAUGACAGUUUGACACCCACAGCAGCUCGUCUGUACGUCACAUCCUCGCACAGUGUUUUCAGACACACAUUAGCAGCAUGCAGAGCGUGCACAACAAGUACAACACACUGUCAGAUAGCGGCGCACAGGCAAAUGAUUUAUACGCACACAAAAACACACACAGGAAGAAGUGCACCCAGAGGCCCAGCAGGCGGGCGGGCGUACUGUAUACACACACACACACACACACACACACACUGGCGUCUGAUGAGGUCACAUGGUGUACGCAGAGCCUGAGGCUGUCAGGUCUUAUUGAGUUUCAUUCAUUUUAACACAGAGGACAAAAUGGAGCUAACUCGCAGAGAGAGGCGGGGGAUUCAACCUCACGUCCUCCUGGGGGCUCUGACCAUCUGAACCUGACGUCUCCUCACCCGCUGAUCCACAUUCAAACGUACGUGGCAGCGUCAAACAUCCUUUAAAGAGAUGCAGCGUCGUGUUUAUCCCUGAAGAAGAUCUGUGUGAUGACGUGAUCCUAAUUUCCAUCCCAGAGAAAUCCAUCAUUUAAGAGAUUGACGAGCUGUUAGAUAACCAUAGAUGUUGUUCUACUUUAAUUCUGCGCUGAAGGCUUUUCCAUAUCAUUGAAAAAUAUAAUAAUAAUAAUAAUAAUACAGGACAGUUCAUGUUUGUUUACACCGACUACAGGAGUUCAGAGCAGCAGACAGAAACACCUCACUCUGCCGUUUGUCGCUCUGUCCUUCAUAUCUGAUGAGUUUUGUUCCAGACGGUGGAAUUGUAAACUGUCGUCCUGUUAUCCUGAGCUGCUCUCUGUUCGGUGACGAAAACUAUGACUAUGAUUUAACUCUCCGAAGAAAGUUUGACUCAGAUGUUCUCACAGUGAUCUGAAUCAGAGCUGCUCAGUGAUAAGACCGUCUGAAACCUCUUUAACUGUUUCUUUAGUGCAGGUCUGACUCUCACAGUGACGACAUACAGUUUCACUCAGAGUUCUCACUGUCCAGUCCAGACCAGGACCACCCCGUGAGUAAAAUCUACAAUUAGUGAGGCCCCGAAAGAUCCCACUUCAUCCUCACUGAUGCUUUAAUAAGCUAACUGUUGCCAGGCAACAAAUACAGCUCCUGUGGGUGCCGAGAGUGCGAGUUCACAUUACUCAGCAGUAAAGUAUUUCCAGGAAAUAAUAACUAAACAGACCUGGAGCCGAGUCCCACACCUUCAGGUGCUUCAUGUCUGGUGAGGGCAGAUUCCUGAAGGUUGGGUAAGAGCAGUGAGAGCAGCGAACGUGUUCAAGGUUUGAGAGCAGAGCAGGAGUCUGUGUCUGUCUGCAUGUGGGACAGCUCUGCUCUAGUGUUUUCCCAGCAGCCUUUGGGGCAGUAAUGAGAGUUUUCUCACAGCCCAUGACUCAGAGGGGGAGGAUGGAGGUGGGUGAAGGAGGCUGCAGCAGCACACUGCAGUACCACCAACCUCCAAGCUGCCCUUUCUGCUAUGUCAUCGUGACAUCACUUCCUGCUGCUGUUGGCCGCCGGCCCGGAUCGGGACGUGUGUUCUGUGUUCCUGCAGUGGGAAUGUUUUCACUGUUGCUCAGGAGGUGGCGGCGACCUGGAGUGUUUCCUCUGUGCAGACUGGGUGGAGCGCCCCACCAGGAGAUGCUGACAUGCUGAAAGAAUUCCGAUUGUGUUUGUACAUCAACACCCAGUAGCCUCUGGGCCCAUCAUCCACAAUGGACCUGAUUCCAUUAGACGGUCGGAGAGGAUAUUAGGUGCUGUUUUGGCUCUUUGGGUCACAUGGUCUGAAGAGCUGUCUUUCCAUUACAGUGGAGAUGCAGCUUCCUGAGUAAACACCAAACAAGGGCAACCACUAAACAGAUCCUCACUUAACCCGGAGCUCCGCUGCUCUGAGGGAUCUCCACAAACAUGCCCUGAACUUCACUUAGAAAUGUCGCUUCGAUAAAAAAAUCUUAUAAUAACGCUCAGGGCUGCUGUGGUAUCAACCAUCACAUCAAGUCAACAGAGUUUUUGCAAUAUUGAGAAACUUAGAAUAGAAAAAGGAAAUCACUUCAAUAAAGGGAAGGAAGUGAGGGCAGAGUGGUGUGUUACUGCAUUAUGAAUUAUUGACAAACACGCCUCCUUUAUGUUUUUUUGUUUUAGUACAAUAUCAAUAUUUUGUUUAUUUUUUUCUCUUCUUUGUCACUCCUGGUAUUUUGCCUCAAAACCUGAACUUUGUACCAAAACUAAGAUCAUCUGAAAGUGACGGAGCUGUGAAGUCGUCCAUGUUGGUGACUUGUUCGUUGAAAGUUGUAUGGAUGGUGGUGGAUGUAUUGAUAUCAGUAUAAGAAUGGAGUCGAGUAGGGCUGGGCGAUAAACUGAAAAUUUACCGAUACUGAAAUUUAUUACAAUAACCGACAUCAUUUUGCCCAUAUUGGUAUAUUCGGUGUCAAAAAAAGGACUAAAUAAAAGUUGUUUUUGGAUGUGUGUAGGUAGGCUAUGGUCUCAUGUCCCUUUUAAGAUUUAAAAAUCGCACAUUACGACGAGCUAGUUAAUAAAGCUAUAGCUAUUGAUAGCUACACUGCUAUUGUGAACAGCUAACAAUAGCUAAACGUUACAAUAGUAGGCGCUGUUUUCCGACUUGUUUACCGGUAUUGUUGCAUCAUCCUACCACACAGCCAACAAGCCGCAAGGCAUGAUGAUUUGGCGAGAAUCAAGUAGCGUCUUGUUUCUUUGGAGCGUGUUUUCAUCCCUUCGCUUUAGCCUCUAAAACAGAGAACCAAGGGGAAGGGGUAACAGUGACAAUUGGAUUGGCCCUAGAGCUGGGCGAUAAACUUUAAAUUUACUGAUACCGAAAUUAACCACAAAAACUGACUUCAUUUUGCCCAUAUCGGUAUAUUCGGUGUCAAAAAAAUAAAUAAAUAAAAGUUGUUUUUGGAUGUGUGUAGGUAGGCUAUGGUCUCAUGUCCCUUUAAGACGCUGUCCUACGUCAGAGACGUGACUCUGCCCCAUCCAGUCCGUAACAAAGAGGGAAAGACAGGUGAGGAGAUGGAGGACGGAGAGAAAGUUGGAGCGGCUGAAGUAGACGAAGUUAACGUGGGAGGGGGUUAGCAGCUUGUGGAGCAGUUAUCGUCCAUUUAUCGUUAUCGAGGUGAACUGAUCAAUAUAUCGUGAUAUUGAUUUGAGGCCAUAUCGCUCAGCCCUAGAGUCGAGUUCUAACUGUCGCUGGGUUUCACUGAUACUGAGUGCAGGUGUUUGAAUCAUCUGUGGUCGGGUGUGAGACGUCACUGUUGACGUGUGGUUUGUUUGUUUUUUGUCGUCAUUAAGAGUCUAUGAUGAUCUUUAGUGCUGGGGUACAGUCUCCUAUUAAAGCUGCUUCUCAUCUAAAAGUGUUGUUGUUGUAGUUGCACAUCCUGCUUUGUGGUUAGUUUUGUUUUUUGGGGGGCUGACAUCGACGUAGAAACGCUGAUGAGAGAUUUUUUGUGGGUUUCGAAGUCGUCUGAGAAGAAGAGGUGAAGUUUUGUUUCCACACGGAGGCUCGUUUGUCGUCUGCUCAGUCGUUCUGUAUUCGCCUCGUCGUCCUCACCUCGAUCUGUGAACUCAGCUCUCCUUCUGCUCAGAAAGCUCCUCCCCCCUCACUGUAGCGUCAUCCCCGUUCUCUUAUUGAAUGCAUUGAAUACUGUUUGACCUUUCUGUUCCUGUUAUAUACACUUUGUUUUGUCUUUUUGAGCAGGUUUUAUUGUGCUGUUGCAGAGAAAUGCCUCCAGAAUCCCCUCCCCCACACCACCCUCACGUUCUAGUUAACCUGAUAGAGAUUUCUCUCUCUCUCCCUGACUACCUUAGCUCACUAAUACUAGCUGUGCAGCCUCUACCACCAUCUGCAUGUCUGUCUGCUUCUCACAAACACACACACAAACUCACUAACACGCUCCUCAAGAGUCUCCGGAGCUGGUUAACACGUUCAAUCAUGCAUUAACAUGGUGCUCAGAGUGCCGUCUCCACCAUGGCCGUGUAACAGGAGCAGAGUGGCACUCCUUUUCACAGCUUAUGGGGAGGAGAGGACUUCUCAGGGAACGAGGGAGGGGGAGGAUUAAGACCAGGGCAGGGUCUGGUUGUGGUGUCUUUGUGCGGUUGUGGCGGCCUAAACUUGACCCCUAACUCUGUCUGAGCGGCGAACAGUCACAGGUUUGACUCUGAGGUCGAAUCGCCGCCUGUGGGAAUCUGUUUCUGUCUGCUGAACCACCAUGAAACGACCAGGUCUUUGUCCACGAAUCAGGAGGGGCAGAAUCAAAAGGGAUCUGGGACUUCCUCACUCCUCAAACUCUCACAGACACACACUCACACACCUAAAGAGCCGCCAUCUUUAUCUCCUCUGUCCAGGCAGCUCGGCGGGCUGUUGUCGUCUCACAGGGUUGUUAUUGUUGUUGAACGAAUACCAGUCGAACCGAGGGGUGACACUUCCUGUCGUCAGGGGAGCGGUUAAUGUGGUACUUGCUUCUAGUGUGGUCAUACUAACAGCGAGGGCUGGGCGAUAAUUCCAGUUUCACAUCCCUAAUACGUGAUCAUGGCAACAUUAGAGGAUAGAGGUGACAUAUUUAGAGACUUCUCCAGCAGAUACAGAUAAACAGCAGCAGCAGUCAGUCAGUCUGCAGUUUUUAGUCUGCAUGUCAAACUAAAUGGCAACUCUACCCUGAAGCAUCUCCUGAUUUACGGACGGAGAAAGUCGAUGUUCUCUGGAAAAAAGAAAAAAUGUGUGAAACAAGGAGGCUGGGAAGUCAACACGUAUUUCUACAGCAUUUAAAAAGAUAACAAAAGAGGUGGUAGUAUGCUUAAAUCAAACAAUUUUGGGCAAAGUUUCAAACACAAAAGGUGCUCAAAUCGUGACAACAAACCUUCCACAUACCAAACAGACAUUUAUCGCUCCGUUCUUUGUCCUGAGGACUUUUUUUUUUACCUUUUCCAAACUUUGCAGGUCAGAUUAGUGGUUGAAAAUUAAAGCUCAUACUUCAUGGUUUCAUAGUAAAUGUAGAAACAAGACUUUGUUGCAUUGCAACAGCGGAGGGGUUUUCCAGAGUGCUGGGUUCUGGAGUGAGCAGGGACCUUACUGUCUCCACACACCAUGUGCGAGCAAAAUCAUUUGCGCGAAUGAAUUACAUGUUAAGUCAAUGCAAAGACGCGAUUAGACGAUCCUACUCCUCUGGCGGCGCGAAUGAAGCGAAUUGGGCGGGAUCUGAAAAUGUCUUAACUUGAGCGGAUAUUUGUGUGGCGAUAACUAAUCAGUACGAAGGUUGCCGGGUGAUGUAAAUAAACAGACGGUUGUUCGCUGGUAUCAAAAUGUAGGACAGACUGAUCGUGUCGGCGUAUGGGUGUCCCGAAUUAUAUGAUACCUUUGUCUAUCACUUGAUCCCACCAGUUCAAUUGGCAGUGAUCACUGAUGAAAUUACCAUUGACGCGCGAAUAAAUACUAUUCGUUCACACAUCUAGAUGCGCGCAAAGUAAGCGAGUAGAUGAUUUUACUUGUGCUUGGUGUGAGCGCCCCAUUAGAGAGAUUUCUGACAGAGGUCAGUAUGAGGGUUUUCAAAGACACCAAUCUGACCACCUCUGGGGUCAUCAGGGGGUCAUCGUGAAGUCAGGACUGUCAUGGCAGUUUGAGCUUGAGUCAACUUAAAGUAAAUAAGAUAAAAUAACAGGAAUUUAAAGUUUUUAGUCUAUAUCUGUAUUUAUAUAUCAUGAUCAUGUUUUAGAGAUAUAUCGCCCAGCCCUACGAAUAGUCCUCACCUGAAAGGCAAUAACAACCACAGCAUCAUCAACCUUCAUCAGUUCACCUUCAUGAGGAGAAACCUGAUUCAUCUCCUCACUCACUCACUCACUCACUCACUGACUCACUCACUCACUCACUCACUCACUCACUCACUCACUCACUCACUCACUCACUCACCCACUCACUCACUCACUCAGCUUCUUCACCUCCAGCAGAAACACAUAAAAACCCAAAUCACCUCCUCCUCCUCCACCUCCUCCUCGUCCUCCUCCCCUGUGGGCUCCAGACCGUUUUUAGACCUCUUAGGUAACAUUUUCAUGCCUUCUUCCUCCCCCCCGUCUCUCCCCCCUCCACCCCUCUCACCCACCCUCCUCCCCCCUUUUUUUUUUCACCACAUCCACUUCCAGGACAGGAAAUUCUUCAAAGGAUUCUUUGCAAAAGUAAGUUAUUGUUUUGUGUGUCUGAGUGUGUCUCUUCUUGAUUAUGAGCGCUGCUGCUGUUGUUGUUAUUAUUUUUCCUCCUCCUCUCACGUAACUCCUCACUCUUUCGAUCACACCUGAAGGCUGGAAGAAACACACACACACACACACACACAUAUUCACACAGAGUUGGGGUGUGUGUCUGCACUGAGACAGACACGGGUCAUGCAUGUGUCUCUGAGCAGGUGGGGCACUUCUUAUGUUUUUUUGUGGUGUGUGUGUGUGUGUGUUUUUGUAUUAACAGGCGUGCUUUUUCUCCCUUCAGCUCUUCUUCAAUCAGCCCAGAGUGGAACAAUAAACACUUUUGAGUGGAUGAAUGUUUCCCUCAUGUUCACACACGCAUAAUUAUUUGACUGUCGUUGUCGUUUCUAACCAAUGAGAGGCCACCGUUGUCGACUGCAUCAGCGCACCGGUCCUCAAACCGAACUGACCUUCCUGUUUCUUUGAUUCAAACUUGGGUCCUCCUGAUAAUGACACAGCACAACUCCCUGAAUCGUGUCCUCUCUCCUCUCUUACCUGGUGCUUUCUCUUUAUUCACAGGUGUGCUUUGUGUGUGUGUGUUAACUGGACUUUAAUAUUUUAAAAAUAACGGGUACAGACAGAGGAGCGGGACAAAGAGACGCGACUAAGAGGCCUGAAGAGUUUCUCACUGGUUCCUGUUCCUGUUGUGUUUCCUCUGCAGGCUGGGAAGAAGCCGGUGCGGGCGGUGUUGUGGGUGUCUGCGGAUGGUCUACGUGUCGUCGACGACAAAACAAAGGUAAGACGUCCCUCCAGUCGUCGAACACAAACAGAAGAGCGGUAUUAGGAGGAACAGGUGUCUGCUCGGCUGUUCAUCGUGAUAGAGACGCUGCUGUACCUCUGGACCGGUGACCUCCAAAAGGCUCUGUUGAAAUAUGUUCUCACUGCACCUGCAGGAUAAGACAUAAGGAAGAGUUGAGGUGACACUGACACCUGCUGGAUCGCUUUGGUACUACAUGAAAAUGUACCCACAGAGCUUUAAAGUAAAACCUGGACUCUUAUUUCAAUUUAACUUAAUGACAAACUUACAGAGAGGAUCCCGACAGUCAGAAAGAAUCUCAUUAAGACUUUUUAUCUCUCUCUUUAAAAAAACAGAAUCAGGGAUUUUAAUUUGCAGAGCAGAGAGAUAGACUCACAAGAACAAGAACAAACAAGUGUAGUUUACUUUUGUUCGGGUGCAACCAACUCUGGAGAGUUUUUAUGACUCAAGCUGGGACUUCCUACCCUCCCUUCAUGAAUGACCAUAAUUAUAUUAAACCGUUUUUCUCGGGAGAUCGACAGGAGGAUUUUGGAGUUUGUGUCAAUCCUGUAGCUUCACUUCAGCAUCUAUUUGACCAAAUUCAGUGGAGGACUCCUCGAUUUAAAAACACAUGAAUGUGAAUAAGAGGUUUAUGAUUUAUUCAUCUGAAAUUCACGAGGAUUUACUCACCUUUGACUUGAUUUAGAGACAUAUUAACUCUGUAACCUGCAGUAUUUGUCUCUGUUCUUUAUCCUCAAACCUUCAUCUGUGAACUCUGCUCUUGUUUUCCUCUGAGCUGAAGGGAGCUCCGUUUUUAAGAAUAUUAGUUAUUUUAUUUUCCUGGUGCAGAUUUGUUUUCAGAAAAAUACAGACACAGUUUUUCUCUAAGAGUGAGACAAAAGUUGUUAAAGUUUUAGUGAAGUUUAAAAAGUCAUCGAGAGACGGCCGUCAGGAACUCUGUUUCAGCGUAUGUCUGUGCUGCACUCUUGGUCUGUUUUUGCUGUUUUGUUGAAUUUAUGAAGAAUAAAACAGAUUUGAGGAUCUGAGAGUCCUCUCCGGGUUAUUUUUCAAUCAGAGAGCAGCACUUGUUGAGCUCUUGCUGCUCAGACGCUCUCCAAGCUCUCAGAUUGAAGCACCGCUCACCGAGCAAAUCACUCCACCCACGUUUAGAUUGGACUGGAUUGAGAGUCACUUCACCCCCGACUGAAGGUUUCAACAUAAUGAGUUAAUGUUGCUUUUCCAGGACCUGAUUCUGGACCAGACGAUAGAGAAGGUGUCGUUCUGCGCUCCGGACCGGAACUUUGAGAGGGCGUUUUCGUACAUCUGCAGGGAUGGGACGACACGGCGCUGGAUCUGCCACUGUUUCAUGGCCAUUAAAGACUCAGUGAGUGAUUUCACCUCCUGACCUGUGUUGAUAAAUUUUCAGCUAUGAUUGUCGUUAGUCUGUCACGUUUUUGAACAAUCCGUCAUCUCUGCUGCUCAGUGAGUUUGAUGUUCGUCUGAAAUUCAGUCAAACCAUCAAACUCAUCCUUCGUUUCGUUUUUGUUUCAGGGAGAACGUCUCAGUCACGCCGUCGGUUGCGCAUUCGCCGCCUGUCUGGAGCGGAAACAGAAACGAGAGAAGGAGUGCGGGGUCACGGCGACCUUUGACGCCAACAGAACCACUUUUACCCGGGAGGGCUCGUUUCGUGUCACAACAGCGACCGAGGCGGCAGAGCGGGAGGAAGUCAUGCGGCAGCUGCAGGACGCUAAGAAAGGUCUGUUUGUGUGUCGUGACUCCGCUGUCUGACCUGCUGUCGUUUCCUCUCCGCCGUCUCAACAUUCCUCCCUCUCUCACAGCAGAGACAGACGUGACCAUCGCCGGGAACUCGGCCACCAGUGUGACAAACUCCUCCACACACCCCACGGGAGGCUCACCUUCCCCCUCGUCCUCCCCUCCGCUCACCAUGACCGCGCUGGGACCCCAGGCGAUACCGCGCAGACACGCGCCGGCCGACGUGAUCGCCAGGCAGGGCUCCUUCAGAGGCUUCCCGGCACUCAGUCAGAAGACCUCUCCUUUCAAACGACAGCUGUCGCUGCGCAUGAACGAGCUGCCCUCCACCAUGCAGCGCAAGUCCGACUUCCCCAUCAAGAACACAGGUGAGCGUGGACCCCGCGGCCUGAAUCACCCGCCGCAAAAAAGAAGAAAAGAAACUUGUGGAACUUUUCUGUUUGGUUUAAAGGGAUAUUCCGGCAUAAAACUAAGUUAGGGUCAAACACACUUUAACACCGAGUUAGACGCCCCGUCGAAAGAUGAAUGUUGCCGACCGCUUGCUUCUCUAGUUAUACCAACUUUAGUAACGACCGCAGGAUAGCAAUACACAGCGAUAAACAAACCUCAACCAAAACGCCACUCUAUAGCCACAAAUAAUGCUCAGAACAGCACCUAACUUCAUCAACAGGACAUAUAGGGUCACAGACAUAGUACUAGACACCAAACAUCUUUUUAACUUUGACUAAUUUCUUUAACAAAGAGACUAAACGCAACUCACCUACUCUCUUCCAGCUAGGGAUGUAACGAAAAAUUAUCACGGUUAAAAAGUAUUUAUACGCGCCCUGAAAUCAUUUAACAGAGUUUUAUUUUGAAAGAACAAUCAAAAUAAAACGCAGAAUGAACUUUUCCUUAACCUAAUUUGGAAUAACAGAGGAACAAUAAGCUUAAAGAAUUAAAGAUGGGGCCUUAAAAGAGCCAGAGGUCAUCAACACUAGUACUGGUAAUAACAAAGUACAAAAUAAUGUGACAGUGGCAUAAACAUUAACAUUAUAACAAAUAAAUAAGAUUUAAAUAAAAUGACAUUCCUUAAUAUAACACAACUAUAUGAAACAAAACAACCACAUGUAAACAAAUGUGUAAUUCAGGCGUUUAAAAUAACAAAAAAUAUGUAAACAAAUUAUUUCCUUUAAGUAAUAAUCACCAUAUUAAUCAUUUUCCACUGUAGACGCGGUAGUUCUUCUGCCUUAGCGUCUCGGUCUGAUUGUAUUUCCAUAAAGAAAUGAUCAUAAAUGUUCUUCCUUGAGCUGCGAAACCCCGCUGUAGUUCCGUUCUAACAAGCGGCUGCUGGAAGAGAGUAGGUGAGUUGUGUUUAGUGUCUUUGCUAAUGAAAUGAGUCAAAGUUAAAAAGAUGUUUGGUUUCUAGUACUAUGUCUGUGACCCUAUAUGUCCUGUUGAUGAAGUUAGGUGCUGUUCUGAGCAUUAUUUGUGGCUAUAGAGUGGCGUUUUGGUUGAGCGCGUGUCUCUCUGUAUUGCUAUCCUGCGGUCGUCACUAAAGUUGGUAUAACUAGAGAAGUAAGCGGUCGACAACAUUCAUCUCUGGAGGGGGGGUCUAACUCGGUGUUACGGUGUGUUUGACCUUUAAUUAAUUUUACGCCGGAAUAUCCCUUUAAAGUCACUGAAUCACUGCUGUAGGAGUUAACAAAGCUCUGGUGUUUUUUCCCUUCAGUCCCCGAGGUUGAAGGAGAGAGCGACAGCAUCAGUUCACUGUGCACUCAGAUCACCACGGCUUUCAGCGGACCCCCAGAGGACCCCUUCUCCUCAGCACCGAUGCCCAAACCUGCUUCAUCUCCACAGUCUCCUGUAGCACCAGGUAACAUCAGCAGAACUUCUCUGUGUGAGCUGCACUGCUGUGAAUUAUCUAAGCGGACAGAUCGAAUCUGUAAACCUGAGAUCAGACCUGUCGCUACGUAAAACUAAACAAUACACCAUCUUAAUUCUGAGCGACUCUGAUGAGUUUUAUGUAAAUCCACGAGCAGAAUGAGAAACAACAGACGAACUCUGCAGCAGAUGUCUGCCAGAAUCUUCUCUGGCCAGCAGAGUUAUUUAUCGCUCAGAUUCUGGACCAGUUUUCUGCUCGUUACGCUCCAGAGGAAACCAUCAGACUUCUGUUGGCUGAAUUUUAAAUGUGCUUACAUUUCCCAUCACCACAUUUGUUGUGUUAACCUCAUAAAUAGGAUUGACACGUUGUUGAGAGUGUUUAUUAAUCGCAUGGUUACGUUGUGCAUGUCUAACCGAAGGCCGGCCCGCUCGUACUAGCUCCUGUCUCUUAUUAUCUGCUGUAGUGAACGGCACAGCUCCCGCCUUCUCUGUCACUGCUGCUGCUGCUGCUGCUGCUGCGUCCGCUGCUGUAACCUCUAACCCCCCAGUCCUGCCCCCCGCUCUGCCUGCUCGAGACACUAACCCCUGGGCUAAGACUCCAGGUGGGGCCCCAGCUCCCGCACAGCCAGGUAAGAAUAUUAGAGAGGCACGAUUCACAGGUUUGCAUGGCGAAGGACGCAGCAGGAGUCGACAGGACUCUUCUACUACAGAGCCAGAACUGUCAGAAUGUGGUUUGGGAUCAUAUGAAGGUCUUCCCUAAAACAUGGAGAUAUUGUUUAACACUUAGAACUCCCAGCUAUUUUUUGCUAUUUUUGGUCCACCUGUUUUUUCUUCAACUCGAUCCUUUCAAUCACAGCAAAUACAUACACAUCUUUGUUUUCAGGACGACCUCAGCUGUCAGUUUAUGGAGCAAAAAUGAUGUCAAAUGAAUGUGACAGUAGAUUCAGAACCAUCAAAGUCAACCAAAAAACAAAAACGGAAAUUUAUACCAACAGAACUUUGCUAAAAAACACAUAAAUCUACAGUGACCAAGCCUUUUCUCACCUGAACAUCAUUCUCUUUAGUCUUGGCUAUCAGGAGAAGAAAUAUUGGGAUUGGAACAAACACACAACAGAAACUAUUGACAUAUUUACACUCAUUCUUCCAGGCGUUUUUUACUAUUUACUAUGAGACAGAGGACCACAUCAUACUGCUCAGAAUCUCUUCUUUGCUUGUUUCCAAACAUUGAGGACCAUUAUUUCUUAUUUCGUAGACAAGCAGGGAACUUUCUCGUCUCUUGUUGAUCUUUGGUUGCCUCUUAUUGGACACUACCGUCAAUGGAACAAUAGAAGAAGAAUAAGAGACCAUGUAAUUGGUCAAAAGUUUGACAGAAAAAGACGUCAUCAUCAAAACAGCUUGUUGGACCUGGAAGAUAUUAGCAGCAUUCAGCGAUAGCGAUCUUUUUUUUAAUCAUGACAGUCUGAUAAAUAAUCAUGUUUUUAGCGGUAUAUCAAUGCGGAUUUACCGUCAAAUGUCUCUGAUCAAACACCUGUUUUUGUGGCUGGAUUGUAAACCUUGUGGCAGGUGUAGAAAUGUCUGGAAACCCUCGAUAGAUCACCAAAAGGGUAAACUUUUGAGCACUUUUUAUCCCGUAGAGAUACACGGUAUAGUUCCUGAGAAACUAGACAUCCCUGAUCCUGUAAAACAUGAUGAAUCCUCGUCUUUUAAACGUGUCCGCUCACUUUCUUUUCUUUUACAUCAACAGGAAGUAACUGGACAGCUCCCACCCCGGUGAUCGUGGUCCCGCCCUCGUCCUCUCCGGUCAUAUCCUCCCACAAACGCACCCCGUCUGAGGCGGACCGGUGGUUAGAAGAAGUCACCAAGUCUGUCCGAGCCCCGCAGCCAAAUCCAAUCCUGGCGGCCACGCCUCCCGCUCAGCCUUUCACGCCUCCCUCUCAGCCGUUCGCGGCGCCCGUUGUGGGGUUGCCCGUGGCGCCCGCUCCCGCCGUUCCUCCCCCCGUGGCCUUCAUGCCCUCUCUGCCCACAGCCGUGCCCAUGUUGCCCCCUCGCCAGCCAGCCUUCCACACUCAGGCCCCGGCCUCUUACCCGAUGCCGAACGGACUGCCGUUCCCUCAGCCCAGCGUGCCCGUGGUCGGCAUCACGCCCUCACAGAUGGUGGCUAAUGUGUUCGGUUCAGCCACGCAACCCCAGCCCUUCCCAGUCCCCGCCACCGCCACAACAACACAACAGGAAGUGCAGGCUGUGGCCAACAUCAGCCCCUUCAUCAAACCACCCCCACAGCCCGCCGCUGUGCACCCCGCCCCACUCCAGCCAUCCAAUGGCAGCGUGACCUUUAACGGGGCAGACAGCUGGGCCGCCCCGUCCCAACUCGCUCCAUCCUCCCCAGCCACCCAGCCGCCCCCACAGCCGCAGGAAGAUGCCUUUGAGGCCCAGUGGGCAGCCUUGGAGGGCCGCUCCCGCCAGCGCACCACACCCUCCCCGACAAAUCCCUUCUCCACAGAGCUGCACAAGACCUUUGAGAUCCAGCUCUGAAAGCUGCGAUCAGAAGAGCCCGGACAUUCAGAGGCCGUUAAGUUAAGAGGGGGGGGUGUGUAUGUGAGUGACUCGAAAAGAGAGGAACAACUUCCUGUCUCCGUUUCAUUGGACAAGCUCAGCAGGGCGACAAAGAAGUGGGAGACUGUGGAGAGCAGGGGGUGAAUCAGCAGGAGCAGAGCCCUGCACAGCAGAGAGAGGAGAGGAAAAACCGACUCCCUGCUGUUCAGGACAGAGCGCCUCCCUCCCUCCCUCCCUCCCUCCCUCCUUCCACGUCUCAUUAGCUUCGUCUGUAUCGUUUUGUUUGUGCUGUGGAGCGCAAGGUCAUCUGUACCCUGUGGAAUAUCUGUGUUGAGCUGCACCUGACCCCUCGUCACCCUCCAGCACACGCUCAGGUGUGCCGCUCGUGUCUCCCACCUGCUUACGCUCAAUCCAGACCCCAGAACUCGACCUCCCUCACCUGGCAGAGGAACUGCAGCACUGAGAGAACUCAGCUUCCACAGGAGAAGUUCUCGUGGUUAACUUCCCGAGAAGAAUCGAGUGAGACGAUGCCAAAAUCUUUAUUUUUAUGCAUUAAGUAUAUUUUAAAUAGCUUUGGAAUCUAACAGAAGAGUUGUAAGUAAUCGUGCCAAAGGCACAGGCUAGCUACAAUGAGACAUGUUCCUGUAAACAAGAAAUGACCGUAUAUAUAUUAUACAUAAAAAAAUCUAUAUAUCUAUAAAGAAUCUAUACUGUUCACACAGCUUACAGCAGUGCUAAUUUUUAAUGUGAUGUAAAGAGAUUUUGUGAAGGGACAGCUGCUUUACUUUUAUUUUUGUUUGAAUGUUUUUAUUAUUUUUGAAGAAGAAAUCUCUUUAUUUCCGUCUCUGUUGCAUCCUGUGAUUGGAUGUGAAGCAUCUCACUGUAAAUAGGGUAUCAUUGCAGCAACAAUCAUUGUGGACCUGGUGGUGGUGGUGGAGGUGGUGGUGGUGGUGCCCGACCGGUUGCCUCUCUUCUCUGUGCUCAGUUUGAAUAGUUCGUGUGCAUCAGUACUCGACACGUUCUUCUUCUUCUUCUGUCCUCCUCACUGUCGUUCUCUUUGUGUGGUAACGAUCUUGUUUUUUAUUUAAUGCAGUAGGAUGAGUCGUCUUCUGUUUCACCACCUCCUAUCUUAUUUUUUUUAAAUAGUUGAUUUCUAAACUUUUGUUUUGCACAAGCACUAAAGUAGAUGAUUUGACCUCACAGGUGACCUUGAUCAACACAGGUGAGUUAGUCCGCGGCGCUGACUCGGCCUGACCUCCACCUAAAAAAAAACUACAGGGAGAUAAAAACGGUUUCAUCUCUCACUGUCUGAUUUUUCUCUCUGUCAUGUUUUUAUUUUUUUAAAUCAAACCUGUGAAUAUGAUCUAUUAUCUGAUCUAUUUUUCCAUUUUGUAAUUAUUUCAUUACUUUAUUCCACUUCUUUGGAGAAAUAUUGAAGCUAAAAGAUUGAAUAAAUUGAUGGUGGUAGAGGAAAAA